AUGGAAACGCAAGCGUUAGCCCCGGGUGUAUUCUUGAUCCUGAGUGCCAUCAUCGCCGAGUCAGAAGUUUAUCUCUCCACGUUGCAUUCUGGGAAUGGAAAGUCACUGUCAGCCACCACAAGUGCUUUGGAUGCUGAAGCUCAUCGUAACAACUUCCAGGCAAGGUUAGGAGGCUAUCGAUUUCCUUGUCUUUGUAGAAUCCUAUUGGGGAAAAGAUGCAUAGCCAUUUUCACUUUAAGCACCAUUUGAUUUUUGUUUGAGAUCAUUGCAGCUCUUGUGGUGAAAUAACAAUUACACGUUUGAUGAGUAGCUUCUGAUCUUUGAAAUGGCUUGUUCACAAAGUAACCACUCUGAUUGAUUUGAUGUAAAUACAUCCAGGCUUUUAAUGGGAUGCAAACUAGCUUGAUAGUUUAGCUACACAGAAGCCCCAUAUAUUUCUGUCCCAGACAAUGGGUACGUCUACAUGCACACAAUACUAUGAUUAUUGUGAAUACUCAGAUUGUGAAUACCUAAAAUUCGAAAGAUUGCAAAAAAAUCUAGGUGUUUUAAUCAGAGUAUGCUGCUUACUUAGAUUAUGACCUUACGCUGAUUAAGAUAAGCAUGGCCUAUUGCCAGAAUCAGUUUGUUAUUGAAUUAUUAGUGUGCAUAUAAACAUACUCAGUGGAAAGUCUCAGCUCAACUGAUGCCAUUUAACCGAUGCUACUAAGCACCUGUCCUGAAUCAGGACUUAACGAGGGGUGUGGCCAAUUACCGCCUACAACAUUCUCAACCUAGACACAAUGAAUCAACUGUAGAGAUGUAGAUGGUAGUAUGCUUGUAAUAUUGUAGAGAAUGUGUAAUGAAAAUAACAUCUAGGCCCCUUGAAGCGAACAAUCAAUACCAACAUCAAUUAAAACAUUGAGGAAGUGAGUAAAUGUUUCUGGUGAAGAUUUGCAUCUUCACACAUGAUGAUUCAAUCACUGAGCCUGGGCACAGUCCUCAUUGAGACUUCCUCCUAAUAAUAGAGUUUGGGGAGAAAUGAAAUGGCAGAAUGAGAAAUUGGUUAUCGUGAAAUGGGAUCCAUUCCAGACACAGGCCAUAGGCAAUUUCUAGUUUCCAUUUAUUUGUUCAGAUACCUAUUUUGCAAAAAGAUGGAGGGGCUAAGAAAUCCCAUUAAAUGUCAGGGAUUCCAUUUGUACACUUCAAACUUUUGCUCAAAUCGAAAUUGUUUCCAACUCUAAAUACAGUACAGUAAGUAAAUAGUGCUAUGAACAAUACCUUUCCUACUCUGUUAGCAAUAUCCCUGUCUUCUUAACAGACACACCCUGUUAGCGUUGCAAAAGGGAAUGAUUUGUAUUGUUGUAUAACCAACUGUGAACUUGAUAUUGAAACGCUUGGUGUUAUCCAAUGCUGAUAUGAGAGGCUGGAAAAAUCAAUAAGGACAUAUUUUCUAGGGAGAACGCACCCGUGCACGUCCACACUGCUAUAUCUUUCAGAGGAACACCCACACAUCUCUCCCAACACCCAUUGUGGGCCUUUCAUACAACUCAUUAUUUUCUCAUUUUGAGCCUGUCUUUGGGUUUCAUCUUUGUCUUGGAUGAAUUAUAGAUGUCAGAAUUAAUGUUCACGUGACAAAAAUGUAAUUAGCAAACUAUCCUAGCAAUGAGAACUGAUUCAAUUUUCUAAGGAAUUGGAUGUCAUUUCUGAUCUGUCAUCUCCGUAAUGUCAUCUCCGUAAUGUCAUCUCCGUAAUGUCAUCUCCCAUAUGUGGUGGAGGACAGUUGUUCAGUCACAUAUGAUUGAAUUGAGACUACAAUACAUCAGGGAUAAAUGUUUGAUGUCCUUGAGCAGGUUAUAUCCUCUCCUCUUUCAUCUCUUAGACACUUGAUUAGGUUCCUACACGUUGUUGGUUCAUUUGUUGUAUUGCUUUAGUUCCCUGUAUGUAUGACUGUAGCUGUGGUGGGUCAAAUCGGCUGCAUUUUCCUCUGAGACUCAGUUUCCCAAUGUUAAUUAAGGCUAGAGAGACAUACACACACAGAUUGGCAUGGCAACCAUCCAGGGUGUGUGUGUGUGUGUGUGUGUGUGUGUGUGUGUGUGUGUGUGUGUGUGUGUGUGUGUGUGUGUGUGUGUGUGUGUGUGCGUGAGCCUCAGAGGGAGAGAGAACUAAUGCAUUAUUAUUGAGGGGGAUUUAUUAGGUGUGAUAGGAGAAAAUGGGAUUGGACAUGACUGAAACAUAUUCCUGGAGAUCCCCAAUCUCUGGAGCUGCGGUAAUUAAACAUGUGUGCAGAAAUGAUCACUGGUUGAACCAUAUGGCCUAUGUUUAGGGCUUCUGGGCACAUCACCUGCAUAAUAACCGGACCAGUGUUCAAAUACUAUUUAGUCAUUUCAAAUACUUUAUCUGGGCUUGAUUCCGCUUGCCUGACGCAAUGGAACCGAUAGAAUAGUUGCAAAACUGAAAAACCCACCCUACCCGCACUCCGGCCAGGCUCAAACAAACGCUCAAAGUAUUUGAAAGAUUUUAAAUAGUAUUUGAACCCAGGUCUGAUAAUAACAAGGUCAAAACCACCCAAUGAUGUAAUGCUAACAUGAUCCAUACAUCCCAUAUACAGUCAUGAUCCAUACAUCCAAUAUACAGUCAUGAUCCAUACAUCCCAUAUUCAGUCAUGAUCCAUACAUCCCGUAAACAGUCAUGAUCCAUACAUCCCAUAUACAGUCAUGAUCCAUACAUCCCAUAUACAGUCAUGAUCCAUACAUCCCAUAUACAAUCAUGAUCCAUACAUCCCGUAAACAGUCAUGAUCCAUACAUCCCGUAUAUAGUCAUGAUCCAUACAUCCCAUAUACAGUCAUGAUCCAUACAUCCCGUAAACAGUCAUGAUCCAUACAUCCCGUAAACAGUCAUGAUCCAUACAUCCUGUAUAUAGUCAUGAUCCAUACAUCCCAUAUACAAUCAUGAUCCAUACAUAGUCAUGAUCCAUACAUCCCAUAUACAGUCAUGAUCCAUACAUCCCAUAUACACUCAUGAUCCAUACAUCCCAUAUACAGUUAUGAUCCAUACAUCCCAUAUACAAUCAUGAUCCAUACAUCCCGUAAACAGUCAUGAUCCAUACAUCCCGUAUAUAGUCAUGAUCCAUACAUCCCAUAUACAGUCAUGAUCCAUACAUAGUCAUGAUCCAUACAUCCUGUAUAUAGUCAUGAUCCAUACAUCCCAUAUACAAUCAUGAUCCAUACAUAGUCAUGAUCCAUACAUCCCAUAUACAGUCAUGAUCCAUACAUCCCAUAUACAAUCAUGAUCCAUACAUCCCGUAAACAGUCAUGAUCCAUACAUCCCAUAUACAGUCAUGAUCCAUACAUCCCGUAUAUAGUCAUGAUCCAUACAUCCCGUAAACAGUCAUGAUCCAUACAUAGUCAUGAUCCAUACAUCCCAUAUACAGUCAUGAUCCAUACAUCCCAUAUACAAUCAUGAUCCAUACAUCCCGUAAACAGUCAUGAUCCAUACAUCCCAUAUACAGUCAUGAUCCAUGCAUCCCGUAUAUAUAGUCAUGAUCCAUACAUCCCAUAUACAGUCAUGAUCCAUACAUAGUCAUGAUCCAUACAUCCCAUAUACAAUCAUGAUCCAUACAUCCCGUAAACAGUCAUGAUCCAUACAUCCCAUAUACAGUCAUGAUCCAUACAUCCCGUAUAUAGUCAUGAUCCAUACAUCCCGUAAACAGUCAUGAUCCAUACAUAGUCAUGAUCCAUACAUCCCAUAUGCAAUCAUGAUCCAUACAUCCCAUAAACAGUCAUGAUCCAUACAUCCCAUAUACAGUCAUGAACCAUACAUCCCGUAUAUAGUCAUGAUCCAUACAUCCCGUAAACAGUCAUGAUCCAUACAUAGUCAUGAUCCAUACAUCCCAUAUACAGUCAUGAUCCAUACAUCCCAUAUACAAUCAUGAUCCAUACAUCCCGUAAACAGUCAUGAUCCAUACAUCCCAUAUAUAGUCAUGAUCCAUACAUCCCAUAUAUAGUCAUGAUCCAUACAUCCCAUAUAUAGUCAUGAUCCAUACAUCCCAUAUAUAGUCAUGAUCCAUACAUCCCAUAUAUAGUUAUGAUCCAUACAUCCCAUAUAUAGUUAUGAUCCAUACAUCCCAUAUACAAUCAUGAUCCAUACAUCCCGUAUAUAGUUAUGAUCCACACAUCCCAUAUAUAGUCAUGAUCCAUACAUCCCAUAUAUAGUCAUGAUCCAUACAUCCCAUAUAUAGUUAUGAUCCAUACAUCCCAUAUAUAGUCAUGAUCCAUACAUCCCAUAUAUAGUCAUGAUCCAUACAUCCCAUAUAUAGUCAUGAUCCAUACAUCCCAUAUAUAGUUAUGAUCCAUACAUCCCAUAUAUAGUUAUGAUCCAUACAUCCCAUAUAUAGUCAUGAUCCAUACAUCCCAUAUAUAGUUAUGAUCCAUACAUCCCAUAUAUAGUCAUGAUCCAUACAUCCCAUAUACAGUCAUGAACCAUACAUCCCAUAUACAGUCAUGAACCAUACAUCCCGUAUAUAGUCAUGAUCCAUACAUCCCAUAUACAGUCAUGAUCCAUACAUCCCAUAACAAUCAUGAUCCAUACAUCCCGUAAACAUUUAUGAUCCAUACACCCAUUAAAAGUCAUGAUCCAUACAUCCCAUAUUAGUCAUGAUCCUACUCCCAUAUAUAGUUAUGAUCCAUACAUCCCAUAUAUAGUUAUGAUCCAUACAUCCCAUAUACAAUCAUGAUCCAUACAUCCCGUAUAUAGUUAUGAUCCACACAUCCCAUAUAUAGUCAUGAUCCAUACAUCCCAUAUAUAGUCAUGAUCCAUACAUCCCAUAUAUAGUUUAUGAUCCAUACAUCCCAUAUAUAGUCCUAAACCCUACCCCAUAUAUAGUCAUGAUCCAUACAUCCCUAUAUAGUCAUGAUCCAUCCAUCCCCUAUAUAGUUUUUGAUCCAUACAUCCCUAUAUAGUCAUGAUCCAUACAUCCCAAUAUAGUUAUGAUCCAUACAUCCCAUAUAUAGUUAUGAUCCAUACAUCCCAUAUAUAGUUAUGAUCCAUACAUCCCAUAUAUAGUUAUGAUCCAUACAUCCCAUAUAUAGUUAUGAUCCAUACAUCCCAUAUAUAGUUAUGAUCCAUACAUCCCAUAUAUAGUCAUGAUCCAUACAUCCCAUAUAUAGUCAUGAUCCAUACAUCCCAUUUAUAGUUAUGAUCCAUACAUCCCAGAUAUAGUUAUGAUCUAUACAUCCCAUAUAUAGUUAUGAUCCAUACAUCCCGUAUAUAGUUAUGAUCCAUACAUCCCGUAUAUAGUUAUGAUCCAUACAUCCCAUAUAUAGUCAUGAUCCAUACAUCCCAUAUAUAGUCAUGAUCCAUACAUCCCAUAUAUAGUCAUGAUCCAUACAUCCCAUAUAUAGUUAUGAUCCAUACAUCCCAUAUAUAGUUAUGAUCCAUACAUCCCAUAUAUAGUUAUGAUCCAUACAUCCCAUAUAUAGUUAUGAUCCAUACAUCCCAUAUAUAGUUAUGAUCCAUACAUCCCAUAUAUAGUUAUGAUCCAUACAUCCCAUAUAUAGUUAUGAUCCAUACAUCCCAUAUAUAGUUAUGAUCCAUACAUUUGUUUAGUUUUUUUUAUUUAGCAGACACUCUUAUCCAGAGCAACUUACAGUUAGUGAAUGCAUACAUUAUUUUGAAUACUGGCCCCCCGUGGGAAUCGAACCCACAACCCUGGCGUUGCAAACGCCAUGCUCUACCAACUGAGCUACAUCCCUGCCGGCCAUUCCCUCCCCUACCCUGGACGACGCUGGGCCAAUUGUGCGCCGCCCCAUGGGUCUCACGGUCGCGGCCGGCUACGACAGAGCCUGGAUUCGAACCAGGAUCUCCAGUGGCACAGCUAGACCCCUGCGCCACUCGGGAGGUUACAUCCCAUAUACAGUCAUGUUUUGACCCUGCUGGUCAUCUAUGAAAGUUUGAACAUCUUGAAGAACAAUCUGAGCUUAAUGGCCAUGUACUGUUAUAAUAUCCACCCGGCACAGCCAGAAGAGGACUGGCCACCCCUCAGAGCCUGGUUCCUCUCUAGGUUUCUUCAUAGGUUCCUGCCUUUCUAGGGAGUUUUUCCUUCUACCUCUGCAUUGCUUGCUGUUUGGGGUUUUAGGCUGGGUUUCUGCAUAAUCCCUUUUUUGACGUCUUCUGAUGUAAAAAGGGCUUUAUAAAUAAAUGUGAUUUGAUUUGUUGAGAAAUUAUCCCAGGAUCCCAAAAAAAAACACAACACCCAGAAAUCAAUAGCCUAAUGAAGAUUUAAAGAGGGGCACCGCCACUCAAUGUACUAAUUAGAGAGGAUAAAUGAUCAACGACAGUGGUGGAGAGAGGAGGUGAUUGGAAAUUGAGCGAAUCACCCCACCACGACAGAGAUUGCUUGUUUCCGGCAUAUCUCGUGGCUCCGUAGGGACUGGGUAGGUUUCAUUAAGGUAGCAUGAUAGGAAGCCAGGUCCAGGUACAAUGCAUAGUGCGCCUCGUGGUGAAGUUUCCCCUAGGUACAGAUCUAGGAUCACCUUCCCCUCCACCAAUCAUUAAGUUAACCAUUAGUCGGGGAAAUGUAAAACUGACCCAAGAUCAGCGUCUAGGGCAACUUCACCCUACACCAGUGUGCCGAGUGCAGUACCUGCAGGUUGGAUAGGGUUUAUCUUUUACACAGUGCAGAGAUACACAUAUCUGUUUACCUGAAGGGACUGUAAGGGUGGAGGAGAGGAGUUGGUAUUAGUGGAGGGAUGACUAAAUGGAAUGAAAGAUUGAUAUGCUAGGAAGAUGGAUGGCUUCUGUCUUUAUCAAUCAUCUCUGACACCCCCCCCCCCUCUCUCUCUCUCCCUCUCCCUCUCUCUCUCCCUCUCUCCUGCUCCCUCUUUCUCUCUCUCUCGUAGUUGGGAUGACAGCAGUUCGGUCAGCAGCGGUCUCAGUGACACUGUAGACAACGUCAGCACAGACGAUCUGAACACGCCCACCUACCCCGCCGUCACAUCGGCACCACGCAAGAACAAGGCAUCCCAGGUACAGUGCACCAUGGAGUGUAAAUGAAUGAAGUAGACUUGUCCAUAGGGUAGGAGCCUAUCUCCUGUUUAUUCUCUUGGAAAUGAACAAGAAGAGAGAAUAUCCAUGCUUCCAGACAUUGAACUAACUAUGAGUAAUGAUACUGAAGCACCACUGUCUUUGCACUUGCUUCAAUUAAAACAAGGACAUCUGCCAUUCUUUUUUUGUAUGUGCAACAAUGAGGUAUUUCACUGUAGUCUGGAAAUGAAUCUAUUUACUUAGUUUUCCUUGGCUUUCAAGAGAGCAAGCCAAUGGAAAUGUACAGCGGAACCCACUCCUUGUGCAGUGUUCAGGGAGCAUGGUAAAAAUAGCCAAGUAUGUUUGCCUUGUGGAAACCUCAACAGAUUGAUCUCUUAAGAGACUGUUGGUGUGGCUAGUGAGGGAGGGUUCACCAUCUGUCAGGUGGCUUACUCAUACUGUAUGGUGUGUGUGUGUGUGUGUGGUUUUGUUUUACUAUCUUUGUGGGGACCAGAAGUCCUCAUAAGGAUAUUAAAACAAGGAAAAAGGCUAUUUUAGGCUUAGGGGUUAGGAGUUAGGGGUUAGGAAUUAGGGGUUAGGAGUUAGGGGUUAGGAAUUAGGGGUUAGGGUUAGGGGUUAGGAGUUAGGGGUUAGGAGUUAGGGGUUAGGAAUUAAGGGUUAGGAAUCAGGGGUUAGGAAUUAGGGGUUAGGAGUUAGGGGUUAGGGUUAGGGGUUAGGGAAAAUAGGAUUCUGAAUGGGAAUAAAUGUGUUGGUCCCCACAAGGAUAGUAAAAUAAAGGUGUGUGUGUGUGACUGACCUAGGGGGACACACUCCAGCAUGUGGAGCAGGAGGUCAGCAGCAGCUGGGCCGGAGCUGAAGAUCUGAAGAAGGUGGACGAGGAGCUGGAUGUCAGCAUGGAGCCCGGUUCAAAGUGGAAGCCUUCUUCCUCCUCCUCUUCCUCCUCGCCAGCGGGGCAGUGCGGCGAGGAUCACGGGCAGAAGACGGGCCUGCCCAUGUCCCAGACUGGCUCCUGGAGGAGGGGUAUGACCGCCCAGGUGGGCAUCACGCCCCCCCGGACCAAAGGCACCAGCACCACCCUCAAAACCCCUGGUAGGACCCGCCCUACUUCUUCUAUCUACUUCGGAGCUCGCUUAUUUCUUUCUACCAUGGCCCUGUUUGAAUACUUUAGAAAUGCAUCCUUCCUUGUUUCCUUGAGGUGAGCACAGAUCUAUAAGUGAUUGGAUAGGUGUUUCCAAAGUUACCACCAUAUUACGUUCACCAAUCCAACCGAUUCAGAUCUGUGAUUACUUCAAGGAAGGUAGGAAGGAUGUAUUUCUGACCUAUUUGAACAGGGCCCAAGUCUAACUGAGGAUUGAUGGUGGUGUAGAUUAUUUUCUGACUGGUCAUUCAUUCAGUCAAACUGCCUGUCUGGUUGAUAUUAAGUCCAGGAAAUGUCCAUCCUAGCUUAAUUGAUCAAUGAAUUUCAGUUGGUGAUGUGUUCCAGUUUGACAUUGAUUAGAUAACAGGGUCAAAGAUUUCGGCCAAUCAGAUUAGUCAUUAAGAAACCAGUGCCGUUGCCCUUUGAGGCCCUCGGUAAUGUUUGGCGUUUCUCCGUUUUACUUUAGCUUUUUCUCCAUCGUGUUUUGGUUUGCUCAGCAAGUCUUCUUAUAUUUGGAUUAGUGUGGCUUUCUAUUUUAGCUGAGCUUUGUGAAAAGAGUUGUAAAAUGUUAGCCAAAUGUAAAGUCAUUUGGCACACCUGCCCUGUAGCCCUGCAGGUGAUGUCGAAGAUGAGUCCCGUUAUUUACAAAUAAACUGCGAGGUCCGCCUCCCCUCUGCGAGGUCCUAGCUAAAUUAUUCAGUACCCAGCAGUUUGCAGAGGGCAAGGUGUUUGCCAGCUUGUUAAUGACUGGCCUUCGUAUCGACAGGUAAAACUGAUGACGCAAAGGCCUCAGAGAAGUGCAAGGCCCCCUCCAAGACCUCCGCUGGCAUCCAGCGCUCGCCCUCCGACGCUGGCAAGAGCAGUGGCGACGAGGGCAAGAAACCACCAUCGGGCAUCGCCCGCCCCCCCACCACUGGGUCGUUCGGCUAUAAAAAGAUGGCCAGCCCCCCCUCCGGUGCCCUCAUCACGUCCAGUGGUGCCACCCUGGCCAGCGGCUCCGCCACCCUGGGGAAGGUGCCCAAGUCUUCGGCUAUAGGCAAGGGGACUGGGAUCAGCGGAGGCCGCAAGACCAGCCUGGACGGCUCCCAGCCCCAGGACGAUGGGGUGCUGAUGGGCUGCGGAGGCUCCAAGGUGCCCCUCCAGUACCGCUCUCUGCCCCGGCCGGCCAAGUCCUCCAGCGGGGGGGUGGUGGGGCGCAGCGGCCACCGCUCCAGUUCCAGCAGCAUCGAUUCCAACGUCAGCGGCAAGUCGGCUGGAGGAGGGGGGGGCGCCACAGGGGCCAAGCGGAGGGACGCUGGGAAGGUGGGCUCGGGGCGCUCCAGCCCUAUCCCCAUCACCAUCAACCAGACGGACAAGGAGAAAGUAGCCGUGUCGGACCAGGACCCAGCAGGUUUAUCCACCUCCCCCAAGGCCAACCCCACCUCCACGGGCCAGUCUGGCCUCAGGCAACCAGGGUCCAAGUACCCGGACAUCGCCUCGCCUACCUUCCGCAGGUCAGUCAACAAUGCUCACUUGGUUUCCCCUGCACUCAUAGAAGAGCUUGAAAACAUAGCCAAGCAGCUGCCAUUUUUCAUCUCUGUUAUAAAGGUGGAGGGUAGCUUGUUGUUCCCUCGGUACUCUCACCGACGGCAUGCUCGAGGCCACCACAGAAUAAUGAAGUGUUGUCUGUGAGGUGCAAUGUUGUUUCUCAGCUUCAAGAUGUUACUGAUAGAUAGAGGUGUUCUUGGUUGCUGUCAGAAUUAGAGGCAGAGUUUCACCUCUUCUCUGAAGCGGCGCAGAGUUAUCAUUCCGAAGUCUCAUAUAUUUAUAUAUUUUUUAGGUAAUAAGAACUAUAAAAUGAACAUUAGACACUAAAUCAUUCCAGCACAGAAACAUUGGUCUGAGUUUGUUCAUUGGGCUUCAGAGCCGGGGAGGCAAAGGUUGCCCCCUGCUGUUCGGUAGAUGUCAUCACAGACACUGACGGCAUUUCUCUCAAGAUGAACAUUAGAUGAUUUGCCAUUCAAGUCAGGCUAAACUAAUUCACUGGACUUGAUUUAUAGCUGACAGGAAGAAAGCUAUUCCGCUCGCGAACCCCUGUCUCAAUAGUUAGGUGCGCUCACAAGGCGUGUCCGGUCACGGCCGCGCCGUCCGACCUGUCGAGGCGCAGAGUGCGUUUUUGAUUUGUGCGUGUACCCCUUAGAGAGAGUCACCUAUUAAUUGAUAGCCCGUUUGAUGGCAGCCCCACGUCAGACACGACAGGAAGGACCUGUGAACAACAUAUGUGUUGCUGAGUGACCAGACAGACAGAUUGGCUGAUCACAUGCACGGAAUGGAAAUGGGGCAAUGCUGACUGAAUGCAAAUCACUGAGAGCUCCGGCUGAGGUCGCGUCUCAACUGGCACCCUAUUCCCAUAGGGCUCUGGUCCUAAGUAGUGUACUAAGUAGUGCACAAUAUAAGGAAUAUGGUGCCAUUUGGGAUGCAGACAUAGUCUAGCGGAGGCUGUAGGGAAGGUGUACUUCUUCAUAGUGUCUAUCUGAAAAAUAAUAUGGUAGGCUUAUGAGAGGGGAUGAAGAUAGGGGAGGGGCAAUGUUGAGCGGAAUUCUAACUUUUCCAAAGCUCCUAUUUCCUUGGUGUAAUCAAGUAAAUGUAUUACUGUUCUAUAUCAAACAACCUAGUUCUCAACCUAGAGACUGAGUUAGAUCAGUCUUUGAGGGGAUCAUGAUUGCCAUAGAUAGUCUGUAAGUGAAUGGAGCCAUCUGUUUCUCUCUCUGCCAGGUUGUUUGGCACCAAAGCCAGUAGCAAGGCCAGUACCCCAGGCACACCCGACUCAGGCAAGUGCCCCUCUGCGUUGGGCAGCCCUCAUGGCACAUUGGCACGCCAAGCUAGCCUGGACUCGCCCUCCUCGGGCACAGGGAGCCUGGGCAGCGCAGGCGGGCAGAGCGGGGCUAGCAGCCCGCUUUAUGGCAAGGCCCCAGACCUGAGCAUGGACUCGCCUGCCUCCAGCCCGGCGUCAGGCCUCUCGCUUCCCUCUAACGCCCGCCCCUGGCCCACCAACCUCAGCAGCUCGUCGGCAUGCUCUGGCAGUAAGGACACACUGAGCUGCCAGAGCAUGACCAGUCUGCACACCAGCUCCGAGUCCAUCGACCUGCUGCUGGGGUACCACCACGGCCCCAAAGUCACCCGCACGGCCAGCGUCAAGUCCACGCUCUCUGAGGGGUGAGUCCCAAUGUAGAACAAUGUAACUCCAUUAGUUUCCUGGCCAGCGGGUGUAACAUGCACAUCAGUGGUGGCUGAUGGGAAGAGAUAUUGUAAUGGUUGGAAUGGAAUGAAGGGAACACUAUCAAACACAUCAAAUACAGGGAAUCUACGUGUUUCACUCCGUUCCAUUUAUUCCAUUCCAGCCAUUACAAUGAGCCCUUCCUCCUAUAUCUCAACACACCAGCCAUCUCUGAUACACAGCCAUCAAUGUACAGACACUUUGAAAAUGGACUUGUAGACUGUAUGUAUGGAAUACAACGUCAUGCUCAUCUUAUCGUUUCAGUAUAGAUCACUGUUGUCAUAGUGGUUUGUAACAUUUCCUUCAUUCACAGAUUGUUGUUUAGAUGGAGAGUAUCAAACUAACCAAAAUGUUACGUUUAAUGUGUGCUCGCCGAAUGUUUCUAUUAGUCCUAUGUCUCGGGUAACAUUGCCCAUUGUAGUGAUUGUCCUUAAGCAUUCUCACCUUAGAAAAUGUGUGUUCUAUCAAUCAAUAGAUGUGAAUUGAAUCUAUCUCAACAUGUGUUCUUAUAGAUGUACAGUCGUGGUCAAAAGUUUUGAGAAUGACACAAGUAUUGGUCUUCACAAAGUUCGCUGCUUCAGUGUUAUGAGAUAUUUUUGUCAGAUGUUACUAUGGUAUACUGAAGUAUAAUUACAAGAAUUCCAUAAGUGUCAAAGGCUUUUAUUGACAAUUACAUUAAGUUUAUGCAAAGAGUCAAUAUUUGCAGUGUUGACCCUUCUUUUUCAAGACCUCUGCAAUCCGCCCUGGCAUGCUGUCAAUUAACUUCUGGGCCACAUCCUGACUAAUGGCAGCCCAUUCUUGCAUAAUCAAUGCUUGGAGUUUGUGGGUUUUUGUUUGUCCACCCGCCUCUUGAGGAUCAACCACAAGUUCUCAAUGGGAUUAAGGUCUGGAGAGUUUCCUAGCCAUGGACCCAAAAUGUUGAUGUUUUGUUCCCCGAGCCGCUUAGUUAUCACUUUUGCCUUAUGGCAAGGUGCUCCAUCAUGCUGGAAAAGGCAUUGGUCGUCACCAAACUGUUCUUGGAUGGUUGGGAGAAGUUGCUCUCGGAGGAUGUGUUGGUACCAUUCUUUAUUCAUGGCUGUGUUCUUAGGCAAAAUUGUGAGUGAGCCCACUCCCUUGGCUGAGAAGCAACCCCACACAUGAAUGGUCUCAGGAUGCUUUACUGUUGGCAUGACACAGGACUGAUGGUAGCGCUCACCUUGCCCCAAACAAUCGGAAAGGGGAUUCAUCAGAGAAAAUGACUUUACCCCAGUCCUCAGCAGUCCAAUCCCUGUAUCCUUUUGCAGAAUAUCAGUCUGUCCCUGAAGUUUUUCCUGGAGAGAAGUGGCUUCUUUGCUGCCCUUCUUGACACCAGGCCAUCCUCCAAAAGUCUUCGCCUCACUGUGCGUGCAGAUGCACUCACACUUGCCUGCUGCCAUUCCUGAGCAAGCUCUGCACUGGUGGUUCCCCGAUCCCGCAGCUGAAUCAACUUUAGGAGACGGUCCUGGCGCUUGCUGGACUUUCUUGGGAGCCUUGACACCUUCUUCACAACAAUUGAACCUCUCUCCUUGAAGUUCUUGAUGAUCCGAUAAAUGGUUGAUUUAGGUGCAAUCUUACUAGCAGCAAUAUCCUUGCCUGUGAAGCCCUUUUUGUGCAAAGCAAUGAUGACGGCACGUGUUUCCUUGCAGUUAACCAUGGUUAACAGAGGAAGAACAAUGAUUUCAAGCACCACCCUCCUUUUAAAGCUUCCAGUCUGUUAUUCUAACUCAAUCAGCAUGACAGAGUGAUCUCCAGCCUUGUCCUCGUCAACACUCUCACCUGUGUUAACGAGAGAAUCACUGACAUGACAGCAGCUGAUCCUUUUGUGGCAGGGCUGAAAUGCAGUGGAAAUGUUUUUUGGGGAUUAAGUUCAUUUUCAUUGCCUAAAUGAAUUGCAAUUCAUCUGAUCACUCUUCAUGACAUUCUGGAGUAUAUGCAAAUUGCCAUCAUCAAAACUGAGGCAGCAGACUUUGUGAAAAUUAGUAUUUGUGUUAUUCUCAAAACUUUUGACCACGACUGUAGGAUCUUAAUUUGACCAGUUUUUCACAGCAGGAAAAUAAUCCUGCAAAAAGUGGAAAUUACAAACUUAAGAAGCCUUUUCAAACCUCAAAUACAGUUUGCAUUUCCUGCUGUGCAACAACAGGGUGAUCAAAUUAAGAUUCUACACCUGUAGGUAAUUCUAAUGUUUUCGUUCUCUGUGUCUUAACAGCAUGCCUCUUGACAGAAACACACUCCCCAAAAAGGGACUGAGGUAACUCAUCACUCAUGUGUUGUCCUUUUGGGGUUUCCUUCUUUUGUCAUUUCAUUCAUUCUCACAUUUCAUUCAGACAUGUCUUUCUAACUGCCAAAAUCACCUUUGUGUCUAAUGACAUGUUGUUGUAGGAAAGCAGUGUUGCAUAAUGACAUUUAGCAUUUUGUGUGACAUUUGUUUUAGGAGAUUUAGCUGAUGAAAGGAAAUACGUUUUCUUUCACAGCAGGCGUGGAGUCAGUUUAUUUCUAUUGAUCUCAGAAGCUGCUCGGCAGUUUAGUAGUGGGUUGUAUUUCUUGCCCCUGCCUUUGUUUUCGAGCCCAGAGGGAUUCAAAGCAACAAAUUGCCUUUUUUCUUGCCCCUGCCUUUGUUUUCGAGCCCAGAGGGAUUCAAAGCAACAAAUUGCAUUUUUUCAAGCCAGAGAAUAGCUAAAUGGCCAUGAUAUUCAUGCAUUCAAUGCUCAGUUUUAAAUGCACAUUAAGCAGACUUCAAAACAUACUCUGAUUGAAGCGUUUUCUCCUCUUUGAACUCCAAGUGGAAUUCUAAAUCAAUGGACAAUUAUGUGAAAAAGAGACCAUUUGAUUUGAAGUCGAACAUGCAGACGCCUGUACAUUAUAUAACAUUCAAUACCUUUUACUGGCAUUAGAUGUCAAUCAGUGUACCUUUCUUUGUCUGAAAGAAUUCAGAGUUGGGUAUUAGUAUGACAGACAGAACAGAGGUCUGUUAUGAGCUUCAGUGUUGAAAGGAUGAGCAUGAACUCAAUUAUCUUCCUUUAAGGAUUAAAUAUGGCUGCCUAUCAAGCACUUAGAUAACACUCCCCCCCCCCCCUGCUAGGAACCGCUAGAGAUGAGGAGAGCAAAGACUGACAGUGUCUUUGAUCAUGUGUGUGGGUGUGCGUGCAUGCUUGCACAUAGAUGGAUGGUUGGCCGUGACUGUGUGUGGGUGGAUGCAUGUGUGUGUGUCUGUGUUCGCAGAGCUCGAUUUGGGCGGAACACACCAGAACUCUGGCACCUUCCUCCAAUGCAAUACUGCUUGAGAUCCAGCACCUCUUUUAGAAUAUUGACUUAUAAAUAUUGUGGUGUUCCGGCACCUAUAUAUAAACAGAGUACCGGAACCUAUUUCAGUCCAAGUCAAGCACUGUGUGUACGUACAUAACUAUGCAUGAGUUAGUGAAUAUAUUUGUCACCACACUCCGGUCAUGUGAUCAUGAUAUGUGGAUAACGCAGGUGCAUGGUUCAAUAGAUGCCAUGUUGAAUCAGUGGUGCCACAAGUUGACGUAUACCAUGUCCUCUCUAGGUACCCUCCCUCGUCCAGACAGACUUCCCAUGAGGAGGGAAGGAGUGGCUGCGCUCUCAUUCCACUGGGGGGCUACAGGACACGGGGAGUCAGUCCCCUCUCUCUCCCCACUGGAGUCGCAUGCACAAGCACCGGCAAAUACCACUACUCCAACCUGCGUAAGCACUACUCCAAAUACCACUACUCCAACCUGCGUAAGCACUACUCCAAAUACCACUACUCUCCAAAACCUGCGUAAGCCCUACUCCAAAUACCACUACUCCAACCUGCGUUAAGCCCUACUCCAAAUACCACUACUCCAACCUGUGUAAGCCCAACACCAAAUACCACUAUCCAUAUAUCACUACUCCAAAUAUCACUACUCCAAAUAGCACUACUCCAAAUAGCACUACUCCAAAUAUCACUACUCCAAAUAGCACUACUCCAAAUAGCACUACUCCAAAUAUGAACUACUCCAAAUAUCACUACUCCAAAUAGCACUACUCCAAAUAUCACUACUCCAAAUAUCACAACUCCAAAUAUCACUACUCCAAAUAUCACUACUCCAACCUGAGUAAGCACUACUCCAAAUAUCACAACUCCAAAUAUCACUACUCCAACCACCACCAUCAAAGCGGUGUCAUUUUACUAUAAUCAUAUCAUACUAGAUCAUCCAGCUUCAUAUACACUAUUGAUGUCUGUUCAUCUGGAGGACAACACAGAAAAAGAUACCAAUUAUUGAUGAGGUAGAAUAUGUCAGUGUAUGAUGUGGUGUGGUGUGUGUGUGUGGUGUGUGUGGUGUGUGUGUGUGUGUGUGUGUGUGUGUGUGUGUGUUGUGUGUGCGUGCGCGUGCGUGCAUGCGUGCGUGUGCGUAUGUGUUUUCUCCCCCAGUGAGCCCCACCAACCUGUCAGCCUACAACCUGCCAGGACCCAGCAGUAUGAGUCGCUCCAACAGCAUCCCUGCCCAGGACUCCUUUGACCUGUAUGGAGAAGCCCACCUGGGGGGCAGCGCCACCUCUCUGGAGGACAGACCCCGGGGCAUGAGCCGCUCUGGCUCCUUCAGGGACAGCACCGACGAAGGUAGGCCCAGACUGUGGUCCUGUAUGGCUCAGUUGGUAGAGCAGGACGCCAGCAACGCCAGGAUCGUGGGUUUCCGAUUCCCGCUGGUGCCACCCAUACAAUAAUGUAUACAAGUACUACUUUGGAUAAAAAGUGACUUACAGUAGUCUGCUUAAUGGCAUAUAUUAAUAUUAUAUAUAUAUAUAAAUAACUUGUCUGUGGGACACUCUGCUUAGACCAAGAAGAAGUGAUAGUCAGGGUUGAGCUCUCAGACUGAAGCUGAAAAUGCACCAGACUAGGAACCCAGCUUUUAUCUGCUUCUCUUUUUAAAGAGGUUGGUGUUUCAGUCAACAUUUUGGUAACGUGACAGUGCCACUUGAGAGUAAUGUUACUAGUCAAUGACUAGGGCCUUUUAUUGAAUUAUCCAAACGAAUACUUCAUUAGUACACCGUCACACACAUGCCAUUAGAAUAUGGUACUUUUACAUGCAGAUGAGAUGGGGCUAUUUGUGUACCAUUACAGGACCACUGGUUAUGUUCUUAAUUCCUCCCUUUCCCUCUCUCUCCUCUAUCGCUCACCAGCGAUCGACCCCGUCGUCCCCUCUAUCUCUCCAGAGCUAUCGCUCCACUCCCCUCCCUCCUCUCAGCUCUCGCCACCGCGUCCUCAUCCUCCCCGUCCGCCUCCACCGCGCCUCUCUCUCCGCUAGCUCUCCCUCUCUCUCCUCUAUCUCUCGACCCAUCGACCUCCGAUCCUCUAUCCCCCCUUCUCAUCUACGGACCUCUCUCUAUUUCUCUCUACCCUCAUAGCCCUCUAUCUCUCUCCUACUUCUCCUCUAUCUCGCACCUCUCUCUCAUAUCUAUUCUCUCUUUAUCUCUCAUCUCUCCUAGUCCCUAUAUCUUACCAAUGCCUCGCUCUUCUUAUCUAUCCUCUAGGCUACUCUAUCUCUCUCCCCUCUCUCUCUCCCCCUCUCUCUUCUCUAUCUCUCCCCUCUCUCUCCUCUCUCUUUCUCUCUAUCUCUAGUCCAUGGAUCCUCACUGUCGCUGGUCUCCAGCACCUCCUCCCUGUACUCUGCGGUAAGUAGCAUUGUUUUCUCCCAACACACACAAACAAACAUUUAGGCAAACAUGCUUAUGGCUGCCAUGGGUAGUGUGUGUGGUGUCGGUUGAUUGUCAUUAGCCUAGAAUUAUUUUAGGAGACAAUAUGUCAUUUUUUUGCUAUAAAGCUAAGGCUGGAGUUAUGGAUGCAAGGACAGAGUCCAUGAAAUCAGAGUAAUAUGUUUAAACAUAUUUUGGGUUAUGAUGAGGUAGAACAGUUGCACUUUAUAACUUACAUUCUUCAAUAAUAAAUAGGUAUAUAAAUGGGUAAAUAUCAUUAUUUUUAUAUAUUUUAGCAGUGCAUCCAAGGUGAUUUAGGCUAAUUCAAGCUUGGUGAAGGUGUGGAUUGUUUUUUUUGCAACAGGCAACACUCCAGCUGCAGUCAAACUCAAUGAGAAGGCAGAUCAGUUGAGGAAGAGAAUCGAUUACUGGCUCUCUACACCUCUUUCCUCCCCAGCAGAAAGUUCUAGAAAGGCCUCGAGACGAGUUUAGACUUUCACUGAUUUAAGAGACUUGUUUUGAAAGUAUUCCUAUUGGGGCAGCAAGACAACAAGCAGUUAUUGUUUAUUCCUCAUUUCAUUGUGUUGAUGUUUGAUUGUGUUAAUAUUUUAAUAUUUUAGUUUUAAUUUAAUGUUUAUUUGUUUCCAUUACUAUAAUAGUUAUGUCAGUUAUGAUUUGAAUUUGAUCCUAUACUUUUCUGUUUGCUAUUUUAUCAUUUCUUCUCAUCUUUGGCAUUAUCUGGUCAUCAGUUUUGUUUUAUCUCAUCUGUUAUCACUCAACACCUGGGGCGUGUUCAGUAGGCACAAAACGUUGUGAAACGGGGAGGUACUAUUUCAACCUAUCCUAUGAGAAACGCUUGUUUUCUGUUGCAAAGCGUUUUGCUGCGAUGCGCCCUAAUGAACACGACCCUGAUAAACACAACUGAUAAAGAGCAAUUUGAUUAAAAUCUCGCACUAAGAACACUAUGAUAAAAGUAUCAUGACACAUUUUCCCAAAGUCAUUACAACGCCAAUCAUUCAGCCUAACAUUAUAAAGGUAGACAAAACAUAUAGAUGUAAAUCAAAAGGCCAUAGAUGAUAACCAAUGAGAAUGCUUGGCAUACACAAAAGUUCAGCACCCUGUUUUCAGGGCAGUGCAAAGUGUUGAGUUGCCAUGGUUUCCCAUUGCUGCAGCUUGAACCCACGUUUUCUUACUUCCAGGUUCUUUCCUUUCUGGCCAAGGUAAAGACUAUGAUGCUGUCAGCUAUGAUCUCUCCACACCACACAGACAACGUGUUUGUAUGCCCACCACAUGGUCUGAUGCUGGUUGAAUGUGGCAGAUGUUCACACAGGUUUUUGGUUGGUGUGAAGAAAAACAACCAAUGUUACCAGUGUAUAUAUUGUAAUACAUUCAUACAAUGUAUUAUGUUACUUCUCCCUGCCACAUCGAUUACAUAUUACUUGAACGGCCAAAAUAAAAAGUUGUGUAAGUUCUUAAUACAGUCUGACCUGACUUAGAGAUGACACCACAGUCAACGAUUUCGCUACAACCGCAAUAACAUCUACUAAAUAUGUGUAUGUGACCAAUACGAUUUGAUUUGAUGCAUCAAGACCUGCCUUUGCAUUUGCUUUCACUUACUGGCGUCAUUUAUGGCCUUUUGGCUCCUGCAUCAUUCUCGAUCAAAAGCUAAACCCCAAUGAUCUACUCAUUAUGACAAUGGGUAUUCAUUUGAUUAUUGCAUUCAUAAAGAAGCUGUCAGGAGUGAAUCAUUGUUCAUACAACGUGGUUUAUUCCUGCACAUCUUAAUGACAUGUCUUCUCUCCCAAACAGACAGAGGAAAAGGCACAUUCUGAGGUAAGAGGCUUGGCUUUGUGGGGGACGAAAUGUCUCUGGUCUGUCUGUCUCUCUGUUCUGUCUGUCUGGUCUGGUUGUCUAUCUGUCUCUCUGGUCUCUCUGGUCUGUCUGUCUGUCUCUCUGUUCUCUCUGGUCUAUCUGGUCUGUCUGUCUGUCUGGUCUGUCUGUCUGUCUCUCUGGUCUGUCUGGUCUGUCUGUCUCUCUGGUCUCUCUGGUCUGUCUGUCUCUCUGGUCUCUCUGGUCUGUCUGUCGGUCUGGUCUGUCAGUCUGGUCUGGUCUGUCUGUCUGUCUGGUCUGUCUGUCUGUCUCUGGUCUCUCUGGUCUGUCGGUUGGUCUGGUCUGUCUGGUCUGGUCUGGUCAGAUCUCCAUAAUGAAAGAUAACAAUCAAAGUACGAGCAGUGAUAUAUGUAUCCACUUCAUCCAAAAUCAGGUUGUGGUCUAUCAGUGACGGACCUGAGCAUAAAUCUGUGUAUAUAACCUUAGACCUGGUGUCCAAGUCAGAUCUCUUUGACCCUAUGGUGCAUUGCUUGACAUGGGCCAGUCUUUUAAACAACCAGCCAUAUGAAUAUAACCAAACAGCACUUUAACAUUAUCUUUACCACACGUCAUACUGACAGUCAUGGACAAACAUCAUUAAUACACCCUUUAUUCUACUCUUUGGUUUCAGUUCACACCCUAUUCAGUUAUAACUGGCUUUUAUUUCAGUUCAUUUUUUACUUUAUGUUUCUGUUUGAACCAUACAUUAACAUUUUAGUUAAAGCCCACAGGUAUAAUGCUUUAUUACUUAUUAGAACCAUGUUUCAGCCUUUUUAAUGUAUUUUUAAAAUGCAUUAUACCAGUCAGGUUUCGAGAAAGUGUUACCAAAGUGACAACUACCCUAAUGUGUUUAGGUGCUUUUGCACUUUUUUCCUUUUAUUGGCUAAUUUGUCCAAGACUGUACUGUUGUUAAUGUGUGAGAGAUUGCCUUAUGCCUUAUUGGCUAAUUGUUUAAACUGCUAACCGUGAGGAAACAUGCUGCUUUUUCGUCAUCAUAACAGACCUCUCUCUCACCAUAUCUUCUGUUUGGACUAAGCAUGCAUCAUAGAGUUAAUUGUAUUCUUCUCUUUUCAAUCAAGGGUCAAACAGGCCAAAAUACCACGGUAAUCCCACAUUUACCUUCACACUUACAUUCACCCCAUUGUUUUAUGCUGUGGCAGUGAGACAGAGACUUUACAUCAAUGUUUUCAAAUGGAUGUUUACAAGGCAGCUGAUACACCAGAUUUGGAUUUGCUUGUAAAGGGAUGGAAUCAGAAGAUAGGCAUGCUCUGGUGUAUUUUCAAUCAGUCCUGGUUUUUUAGGAGAGACGUGAUCGUCAUGGUAAUAUUAAAUUUUUUUCCCCACCCAAACAGCAAAUCAGGAAGCUGCGGCGAGAGCUGGACGCCUCCCAGGAAAAGGUUGCGACCCUCACGUCUCAGCUGUCUGCCAAUGUAAGUGCCUCUUACUUCAACACACACCGAGCAGUCAAAACGUCUGCCUCGUGGUUCAUUUGCAUCCUAGCCUGUCAGAAAGGUUAGGGGGGAAACUCUGCCUUUGCCAAACCCUUGAAUGUAAAUCAGUCUAGACGCCCAGUAAUUUCCUUUCUCUCUCUGACUCAAAGGUUUCUUAAGCUUCUGAUGAAAUGUUGGGUUGUUGUUUUUUCUGAACACGGCUCGAAUAGGCGGCUUGUUUACCGGGAAUUGUCCUGCGAAGCGGGCCUCAUCCGGCAGUCUAGCAAGAACAUGCAGAUUCAACAAAACAGAGAGAUGGAGAGAGAGAGAGGAAAGAGGGAGCUAGUGAGCCCAGUUUGGAGGGAGGAAGUGUAUUGUACAGAGUGAGAGAGAACCCUGAGAACCCAAAGCCUGUCAAAGCCUGUGUCUCUCUCAGUGCUGGGCCCUGCAUAAAGCGUCUGAUCAAGUGCGAGGCUGACAGGGUCUUCACCAGGGUCUCUGGCUUUGAUCGCUGAGUUCUACAUCUCUAGGCACUAAGGCACCACACUGCCAAGAAACUUCCAACUAGCUUUUCUGUUCACUGUGUGACUCACACAGACCCCAGAUGUCUUUGUAGAAAAGUUGCAAUGUUUAAUUUAUGAGAAAGCUUUUUUUAGAUGCUUUUGUGUAUAUAUACUGAACAAAAAUAUAAACGGAACAGUGUUGGUCGAAUGUUUCAUGAGCUGAAAUAAAAGAUCCCAGAUAUUUUCCAUACGCACAAAAAGCUUAUUUCUCUCAAAUUUUGUGCACACAUUUGUUUGCAUCCCUGUUAGUGGGCGUUUUCCUUUGCCAAGAUAAUCCAUCCACCUGACAGGUGUGGCAUAUCAAGAAGUUGAUUAAACAGCAUGAUCAUUACACAAGUGCACCUUGUGCUGGGGACAAUAAAAGGCCACUCUAAAAUGUGCAGUUUUGUCACACAACACAAUGCCAUAGAUGUCUCAAGUUUUGAGGGAGUGUGCAAUUGGCAUGCUGACUGUAGGAAUGUCCACCAAAGCUGUUGCCAGAGAAUUGAAUGUUCAUUUAUCUACCAUACACUGCCUCCAACAUCGUUUUAGAGAAUUUAGCAGUACGUCAAACCGCAGACCAUGUGUAACCAAGCCAGCCCAGGACCGCCACAUCCGGCUUCUUCACCUGCGGGAUCAUCUGAGACGAUCUUGUCUUGCCCAUUCACCCUCUGAAUGGCACAUAUACACAAUCCAUGUGUCAGUUGUCUCAAGGCUUUAACCUGUCUCCUCCCCUUCAUCUACAGUGAUUGAAGUGAAUUUGGUAACAAGUGACAUCAAUAAGGGAUCAUACCUUUCACCUGGUUAGUCUAUGUCAUGGAAAGAGCAGGUGUUCCUAAUGUGUGCACUCAGUGUAUAUGUAUGUAUGUGUAUAUAUAUAUAUAUAUAUAUAUAUAUACAUACAGUUGAAGUCGGAAGUUUACAUACACCUUAGCCAAAUACAUUUAAACUCAGUUUUUCACAAUUCCUGACAUUUAAUCCUAGUAAAAAUUCCCUGUCUUAGGUCAGUUAGGAUCACCACUUUAUUUUAAGAAUGUCAAAUGUCAGAAUAAUAGUAGAGAGAAUGAUUUAUUUCAGCUUUUUUUUCUUUAAUCACAUUCCCAGUGGGUCAGAUGUUUACAUACACUCAAUUAAAUUGUUUAACUUGGGUCAAACCUUUCAGGAGCCUUCCACAAGCUUCCCACAAUAAAUUGGGUGAAUUUUGGUCCAUUCCUCCUGACAAAGCUGGUGUAACUGAGUCAGGUUUGUAGGCCUCCUUGCUCGCACACGCUUUUUCAGUUCUGCCCACAAAUGUUCUAUAGGAUUGAGGUCAGGGCUUUGUGAUGGCCACGCCAAUACCUUGACUUUGUUGUCCUUAAGCCAUUUUGCCACAACUUUGGAAGUAUGCUUGGGGUCAUUGUCCAUUUGGAAGACCAUUUGCGACCAAGCUUUAACUUCCUGACUGAUGUCUUGAAAUGUUGCUUCAAUAUAUCCACAUAAUUUUCCUUCCGCAUGAUGCCAUCUAUUUUGUGAAGUGCACCAGUCCCUCCUGCAGCAAAGCACCCCCACGGCAUGAUGCUGCCACCCCCGUGCUUCACGGUUGGGAUGGUGUUCUUCGGCUUGCAAGUUUCCCCCUUUUUCCUCCAAACAUAACAAUGGUCAUUAUGGCCAAACAGUUCUAUUUUUGUUUCAUCAGACCAAAAAGUACGAUCUUUGUCCCCAUGUGCAGUUACAAACCGUAGUCUGGCUUUUUUAUGGCGGUUUUGGAGCAGUGGCUUCUUCCUUGCUGAGCGGCCUUUCAGGUUAUGUCGAUAUAGGAUUAGUUUUCCUGUGGAUAUAGAUACUUUUGUACCUGUUUCCUCCAGCAUCUUCACAAGGUCCUUUGCUGUUGUUCUGGGAUUGAUUUGCACUUUUCGCACCAAGUACGUUCAUCUCUAGGAGACAGAACGCGUCUCCUUCCUGAGUGGUAUGACGGAUGUGUGGUCCCAUGGUGUUUAUACUUGCAUACUAUUGUUUGUACAGAUGAACGUGGUACCUUCAGGCGUUUGGAAAUUGCUGAACCAGACUUGUGGAGAUCUACAAUUUUCUUUCUGAGGUCUUGGUUGAUUUAUUUUGAUUUUCCCAUGAUGUCAAGCAAAGAGGCACUGAGUUUGAAGGUAGGCCUUGAAAUACAUCCACAGGUACACCUCCAAUUGACUCAAAUUAUGUCAAUUAGCCUAUCAGAAGCUUCUAAAGCCAUGACAUCAUUUUCUGGAAUUUUCCAAGCUGUUUAAAGGCACAGUCAACUUAGUGUAUGUAAACUUCUGACCCACUGGAAUUGUGAUACAGUGAAUUAUAAGUGAAAUAAUCUGUCUGUAAACAAUUGUUGGAAAAAUUACUUGUGUCAUGCACAAAGUAGAUGUCCUAACCGACUUGCCAAAACUAUAACUUGUUAACAAGACAUUUGUGGAGUGGUUGAAAAACGAGUUUUAAUGACUCCAACCUAAGUGUAUGUAAACUUCUGACUUCAACUGUGUAUAUAUAUAUAUAUAUAUAUAUAUAUAUAUAUAUAUAUAUAUAUAUAUAACCGCCAAGCCUUUCCUGGGCUCCUGAUCCCAAUCUGUUCAGGUAGGGGAUGUGACGGUCGAAAUCUCAUCCCCGCCAGACCCUUACACUCUCUCUGGUACCGAAUGGUGUCUGGUACCCAGGUUUCAUGGCCCGAUGCUGUGCAUCGGGACAACAUUUCUCUACCAGGACUCCAGUGCUUGAAACAUACACUGCAGCGUUGGUUAAGGCAGUGUUUUAUAUGCUGUGGGCUGGUUUGUCUGGCAGAGAUACUGUAUCUUCAGCAGGUGCAUACUGUAUGUUUGCAGUCAUGUAAGGAGGGACUGGUGCACUUCACAAAAUAGAUGGCAUCAUGAGCCCUGCUGUAGCUCAGUUGGUAGAGCAUGGCGCUUGCAAUGCCAGGGUUGUGGGUUCGUUUCCCACGGUUGGCCAGUAUGAAAAAUGUAUGCACUCACUAACUGUAAGUCGCUCUGGAUAAGUGCGUCUGCUAAAAUGACUAAAAUGUAAAUGUAAAUGUUCUCUUAAAUGUAAAUCCCACUUAGAGCGAGGCACUGUUUUGUAAUUGAACGAAUGAGAAGAGCUGUGAGUGUGGUGUCUGCUGAUUGAGGUCAUUGUAGAUUGACCCUAAUUACAUUUACAUUUCAGUCAUUUAGCAGACGCUCUUAUCCAGAGCAACUGACAGUAGUGAGCGCAUACAUUUUCAUACUUGUUCCCUAUGGGAAUCAAACGCACAACCCUGGCAUUGCAAGCGCCAUGCUCUACCAGCUGAGCUACACGGGACACUAAUGUGCUGUACGUAAGACGUUCAUUUACUGUAUCUACUCACACUCUUUGUAAUAUGUUAAUAUAGAGAUGAAUCUUUUGACCUUUUUUAAUAAAGGACUAUUCAUUGUGUCACCUUCAGCAUGGUCUUAACAGGUCAGUCUGGCCUGACUUGUAGCUAAAAUGGCUGCCACAUCAGGCACAUAGUUGUAUGUGCGUAGACACAUAUGGUUAGAGAAGCUCUCCCAUGUCCAUGUCAAUCUAGUUCAUGUUUGUUUAGGGUUUCUUUGAUCAGAACAAAACAUAAUUAGCAAAACCAGCAUUUUCUCUCUCAUUCCUUUCUCUCUCUCAUUCCUUUCCCUCUCUCAUUCCUUUCUUUCUCUCACUCCUUUCUUUCUCUCACUCCUUUCUCUAUCUCACUCCUUUCUCUCUCACUCCUUUCUCUCUCUCACUCCUUUCUCUCUCUCACUCCUUUCUCUCUCUCAUUCCUUUCCCUCGCUCACUCCUUUCCCUCUCUCACUAGAUUGCCCUCCCUCUCUCUCUUAUCCCCUCCCCUCUACCUCUUUUUUGCCCUCUCUCUCUUUGGGGAUUUGGGAAUUAGUAUAUCUAGCCGUCUGUGCUGGCUUAGACUACAUUAGUGUGUGUGUGUGUGUGAGUGAGUGAGUGAGUGAGUGAGUGAGUGAAUGAGUGUGGAUGGGUAGAGCAGAGAGGGCUCUGAGGAUGGCGUCGACACUGGGCAGCAGUAGUAGUAGGGGCAGCUCUCUGGCCGGUUCGCUGGUCUGGCCGACCCUCAACCAUUACCCCGGCUCCCAGCAGAGGCCCCAGGGCAGGGGUCGCAAGGCCAAGGGUGGCCGGGGGGCCCAGACUGCACAGACGGCCCAGCCGCGGGACGCGUGGGCAGCCGCACAGCCCUACCCGCAGGGCAGACAGGUGGGCAGCAGCGGUGGGUGGACGUCACAUGAUGGAGGGGGCUGACGGGAUUGGACGGAUGACAUUUUGCAAAGGUUAAAUGCGAUUCAGCCAGAGAGGAGAGAAGAGGACCAAUAUGGUGGUGUUGGCUUAUUGGUGUAGGACUGUGAAUACUGUGUUGCUACUUAGCCCUGUUGAGCUGAGCUUCUCUUAUCUGUGGGCACACUGCCUGACUCUGUGUGACUCACUGGUCCUGACAGGUGUCUGAGGCUCCAUGCUGUGGAGGGGCGGGGGUGUGAGCUCACACUAUUUGUUCUGUUUCUCUCUCUGUCAUACACAUGCACAUACACAAUUGCUAUUCCUGUAUUUUUUUGGUGAGGACUUAUCACCCCCGCACGCACGCACACACACACGCACACACACACUUUCCCUCACUGUGCUAUCCCAUUUUCAUGGAGCUUUACUUCCAUCAGGCUCAGUGCAGCAGAUGGUGUCAUGCUGCUAAACAUUUGGCACCCUUCAGUUUGUCGCCGGUGUUUCUUCAGGUGAAAAAUUAAUUCAGGCGCCGUUAAAAAAAUGCUAAACCUUCUCUGACCUGUGUACAAGAAGAUAUGCCCACCUUUCUCUUUACUUUAGGUCUCGGUUCAGCUGUGUUUUUGUGCAUGUUCAAAUCACCAGUUGGCUGAUAAAAUCGGUCAUAAUCAUGGAUGUUGUUGUUGCUGCUGCUGUUGUCUUCAGUUUGAACCACAGUGAAAGUGAAGGUUUAUAACUUUCAGAAGAGCUGACGUAGUGUAGCUACCACUUCUUCUGUAGCACAGCAGCAACUUCCCCAAGAGGUUACAAGUUUUGUACAUCAUGUCUCCUUUGAACCUCCUCAUGUUAACUUCCAGUUCAUAACCCACUUCAAAGCUAUCACCCUGGACCAGUGGGGGAGUGGUUAGCUGUAGCAUGCAGCAGGCUCAGCUUUGCCAUUGUAAAGUGCAAGCUGUAACUAGGGGGAAUGUUCCUAGUGUUUUGGUUCAGAUACAGAAAUAAACAUGAUGGUCCAGCCAGUCAGUCAGUGCUGGUGGUUCAACAGAGGGAUGGCUUGACUCAGUCUAUCAGAGCUGAGGGUCCCUGGGGAGAGUGAUGACUCAUGAGAAACACGAGGGAACAUGAAAAGGGCGAGAGAAAAAAUUGCCUACACCCUCAGGUCGCGUCGAUUCUUCUUCUACAUGUUUAAGUGGCUAUCUAACAAUGGAUUUUCCACACUGUGUGCUAAAUGUGUGUUUGUGGAUCAUCUUGAAUCCACCUGGUUAGAGGUUGUUCCAACUACAAAGAAUGGCAUAUUUAUAGGACCUCAGGAAAAUGUGACAAUUUAAUGUUGUCCCUUUAUGCCUGCUUUUAUGACCCGUCCAGUGCUUGUGUUGACUGUGCUGCUGUGUUGAACUCUGACCUCUGUGUUGACAGGCUCACCUGGUGGCAGCCUUUGAGAAGAGCCUGGGGAACAUGACCUGUCGCCUAACGAGCCUCACCAUGACAGCUGAGCAAAAGGUACGUGCCAUUUUCUGUUGCUGCGGCCCACCGCUUCCAGAUACGUUCUCAUGUAUAAAGCUUGUAUCAGGCUAUAGUGUUUAAUUGUCUCUGAGAAGUCUGCCUGUCUGUGCAUAUCACUGUUAAUCCAUGGUCAUUUACACCUUACAAUAACAGUAAUUUAUAGAAACGUUAUAGAGCAUUCAUAAGGUCUUCAUAAGCACUGCAUAAUGUACCAUAAAUCAUUUAUAAUCAUCCUGUGUCGUGCCCGUGGCACAUUUGCCACCCUUUAUACAGCAUGAUAUUUGCUUAUGAAUGAUUUCUGUAUAGACCUUUUUAUGAAGGCUUCAUUAAGUUAAAAGCUAUGUUAAAGGAAAAUUAUCUAUCUUUUGGUAUUUGUUUCAUUAGUCCAUUGUCAUAUGAUGCAAAACGCAUCAUGCAGGGAUGAUUUCUGUAUUUUGAAAGUUACAUACAGUAUCUUGACAACUUGAUUGCUGACAAGCAAAACGUUUGGGGACUAUGUCAACAAUGGACUAAUGAAAUAAAUACCAAAAGAUAGAGUUGUCCUUUAAGGUUAGUGUGGGACCUUUUCCCCUCUUAAUAUAAGAUAUUCAUGAUAUAUUGAUAGAACUUGUCUCAUAUGUAUCCUAAUCCAGGACAUUGGUUUUGCUCCAUACUCUGCAGAGUUAUUUCUUCAGGCAUAUAUGUACUGAAUGAUGCUAUACUCAUAGCCAGAUAUCAGACCACAUUAGAGAUGACAGAAGUGUUUCUUAUGGUCUGUAAUUGGCAGCGCUUGAGUGAGAUUAGGGUCUGGAAGAAGUACCCAGAAAGAGUAGCGUCGUCGAGCUCUAAAACGAGGAUCAGUGAAAGAAUGGUACAUGUGUUGUAAAUGUAAAGCCAUCCUUGUGAUGAAACGUGAGCGUCUCCGCCUGUCCGCCUGUUGGUGGAAACCCUACUCAUAACAUUGAAGAGCUGUGGCAGCCUUAAUCCUGGAUAAAUUAAACGAGAGAUUCUAGAGGGACGUCUUUGUUAAGCAAGCCGCCUGCGCCCUCCCAACUUUUAAUUAAGGCUGAAACCCUAUCACAAGCCCACAGUGGUUUUGGGGGAAUUGGAGCGCUGUUGCCUUUUUAUCUAAUCAUGUGGAUUUAAUAGAGAGGUACUGUGCCAUGUAGGUUUUAUCCAAUCAGGUGGGGCGGAGGGUAAAACUCUAUUGCCAAACCUUAUCCUCUUAAACUUGCUUAAGGCCUAGCUCUGUGUGCUUUUGAAGCAGGAAUAUUUUACUGACAUAUCGUACGACUGUCAUUGAGUUUUGGAUUGAGAAUUGAGAGAGUGGUGCCCCCGACCGAAAUGAAGGGUAGACCGUUAAAAGAGAUUUAGAGGCAGAAAACAAGAUUUUUCUCUUUCAAUAGGGUUAAUGAUCAAAAAGGUCUAUUCAAGAUCCACAUAAAGCACAUUUGUUAUUUUUUUGGGACACCAGAUGAUGUUUCUACAGUAUAUCUAUAAUCAAACACAUUCUGCCAUUGUUUUCAAUUGAGCAGGUUAGCAUUGUCUGUGGCGGUGUGGUGCUGUGGAGGUUGAUCUGUGUUGCUGCUUCUCUUCCCUCAGGAGUCGGAGCUGGCUGAGCUGAGAGAGACCAUCGAGGCGCUGAAAGCCCAGAACACAGAUGCCCAGACAGCCAUCCAAGUUGCCCUCAACGGCCCCGACCACCUACACAAAGGUAGCGGCGCCAGAGGAGAACCCUCCAUAUGCGCUUUAGCGUGGGCAAGAACCGCACCUCUUCCUCUUGAUCGGCCCACACAUUUCAAACUCUGUCCCUCUUUACUCAUGAGAGCAGCCAUACACCACUCUAGAAUGUUCACCCUCUUUGAAAGUUGAUCUUAAACACCUGCCACUCAGGAGUUAGACUUGGUAGAAACUAAAAAGAGGAUUGUCUUGUGCUUCCAGACCUGCGGAUUAGACGGAAACACUCGUCGGAGAGCAUGUCCAGCAUCAACAGUGCAGCCAGUCACUCGUCCCUGGGCAGCGCCAAAGACCCAGAGGACAAGAAGAAGAAGAAGAGCUGGGUGAGUUAGUGAGUGAAGAAAUCCCACGGGAGAAGGAGAGGAGGAGGGGUUUUCUCAGGUCAUAUAGACGUCUCCGUGCGGUGCACUUCACUCUAACCUCUGAACCAUCUAAACCAUGCCAUGUCUCACACUCCCACUGAGCAGUCAUACAUUGUCAUAACUGUGACUUUUAAUUCCACUCCCUUUUCUCAUGCUCUCUCUAACCCUAACCCUCUGCCAGGGAAAGGAGAGAGGCAACAAGGUGAAUAUGAACCACCCCCAUCCUCCUGCAUGUCUGUAUGACAGAGUGAAUGAGUGUGAAAGAAAGACAAAGAGGUGGAACACUUUUGUACAAGGAUCACAUAAUGGGCACUCAUUUCCUAAGUGUAAUAUUGUGUAUAUAAGUAGUUAAAUAGGACCUUUAUUCUGUAGUAUUAGCCAGUUGUUAGUCCUUCAUUCUGUGUUUCCUGUAUUCAUUCAUGUGUGAAUAAGAAAACACUACAUAAAUGCCUAAUAAAAUGUGUUAAUAAUACAGAAUAAAGGCUUAAUUCACUAUUUCAAAUUGUGCCUAAUGUGGUCCAUAUACCCGAAAGGGACGGAUGCAUAUUUGAGCGUCAAUCAGUGCUGUCCCGCUUAGUUUCCUUCAGUCCCCCAGUCAGUGUACCCCUUGAUUAAGCGUACAGUCCAUCUCUCCUAGUAAUAUUAACCUUCCUUCUCCUCUCCUUCUGUGUGCAGUUACGGUUCUGCCCCACCGUGGAGCCAAUAUGACAAACCCUAUUUGAGAAACGCAUUCAUUCAAAAUCAAUGUUUUUGUCAAUCCUACCCUGUGUUUUUCUGCCCAUUAUACAGUGUGCAUGUUUCCUGCUGGUUAAGGACUGCUAUUUGUCAUGACCCUCUGAAUAAUUUUUUAUUACAUUUAAUAAUAACUCAUACAUUCUUAUAUUAAGUUUCAGUACAGAAGACAACCCCACUUUAAGAGUUUACAAUCUGACCUCCAUACUAUCUCUUCUGGGAAACAGACCAUGAUGAACUGCUAAAUGUACGGAGUACGACCAGCAUCUUUACAACUGCUAAAUUCUCUUUCCCAAUCCUUCCCAGACUCUGAGCCAGAGAAAAGCUCAACCCACGCUCAUAAAUACAAAUCAGGUUCUUAUUUAUGCCGCUAUUCAUUUGCAUAUAAAUUCUGCCUCUGUGCCCCUGAGGCCUGAAAUACUGGGAGUGUGUGUCUCAGAGGUUAAUGAAGAGCUUGUGAUCUGGCUGAAGAGGGCAUCGCUAACAGCAGGGAGAGGGACAUGGGCUCACACACACACACACACACACACACACACACACACACACACACACACACACACACACACACACACACACACACACACACACACACACACACACACACACACACACACACACACACACACACACACACACACACACACACACACAUCAGGUGCUGUUUCCCCUUCCUGGAGCCAUUCUUCACCUUGUACAGGAAACAAAAUGCAAAUGCAUCAAACCUAAGGAACUAAUUGCCAGUUAAAUUAAGUUUUAAAGGGGCAAGGGAAGUAUUUUGGGGUAUGACAGUUGAACAAAGCUCAUGAGGCAUUUAUAAGCUAUAUUCUUUAAGAAUCAAUCUAUAUCAUUAAUUUGAAAGUAUAAAAAUGGAUGUACCAAUUCCAGAUUGCCACUUUAAAGACAAUGGUGGCCCUAGCGGUAAUACAGUAGGGAUGAUGUGUGGGUCAGUGGAGCGGGGUGUCCCUGUGGUAACAGUAGUGAUGAUGUGUGGGUCAGUGGAGCGGGGUGUCCCUGUGGUAACAGUAGUGAUGAUGUGUGGGUCAGUGGAGCGGGGUGUCCCUGUGGUAAUACAGUAGUGAUGAUGUGUGGGUCAGUGGAGCGGGGUGUCCCUGUGGUAAUACAGUAGUGAUGAUGUGUGGGUCAGUGGAGCGGGGUGUCCCUGUGGUAACAGUAGUGAUGAUGUGUGGGUCAGUGGAGCGAGGGUGUCCCUGUGGUAACAGUAGUGAUGAUGUGUGGGUCAGUGGAGCGGGGUGAUCCUGUGGUAACAGUAGUGAUUGUUCUAUCCGCAGGUGGCUGAUUCCAUCCCAGCACAGGUCAGUUGUACUAAAGCGUCUACCGUCCGUGUGCUGUGGUGACUUCCUCCUCUUCCUCCUCCUCAGUUCCUCAACGUUUUCCCUUCUACAACUGUUCGGCAUGGAAACAGCCCCCUCUCCUCCUCCUCCAUUUUGACUGCCUGUUUGUUUCUAGUUCCAGGACUUUAAAAAGUCUGGCUCCUCCCCUGCAUUCCUAAUUUCUCAUCCAUACAGUCUGGCUCCUCCCUGCAUUCCUCAUUCCUCCUCCAUACAGUCUGGCUCCUCCCUGCAUUCCUCAUUCCUCCUCCAUACAGUCUGGCUCCUCCCUGCAUUCCUCAUUCCUCCUCCAUACAGUCGCCCCUGAUUGGAUCCCUCUCUCGCCCUUGAUUGAGUUUCCUUGCUUUCCCUUUCUCUCAGAUGGUGACUGUUGCCUAAGAACAGCACUGACUUGGCAAGACAGGAACGUUGAUGUACGUUAAUGAUGUACGUUAAGUUGAAGAGAUGGGCGAGGUUUACGUUUUGGUUGUUUCUCUUGCAGUUGCGGAGCUCGUUCAAGCAGGCGUUCAGUAAGAAGAAGGGCAACAAGCCUCAGUCUCCCCACGAUGACAUCGAAGAGAUGACGGAUUCAUCGCUGCCGUCCUCGCCCAAGCUACAGCAUGCUAACAGACAGGACAGCUUUCCCCACACUCCUCUCCUCAGCCUCUACCACAGAGUGAGUAUACUGCAAUAUACACACACACGGCAGGUAGCCUAGCGGUUAGAGCGUUGGGUCAGUAACCGAAGGGUCACUAGUUUGAAUCCCCAAGCCGACAAGGUGAAAAAUAUGUCAGUUUGCCCUUGAGCAAGGCACUUAACCCUAAUUGCUCAAGGGUCACUGUUGAUAAUGGCUGACCCUGGCCGUAACCCCACUCUCCGAAGGUGUCUCGGGGGGGAGUUGGGAUAUGCAAAAAUCACAUUUCUAAUUCACACAUGCGUAUAAUACACACUUGUCUAUGUGAAAUGGUACAAAUAUAAGCACCCACCUAAUUAUUAUUAUUACACACACAGGCUACAUCCCAAUCUACAUACAUAACAUAAUUCAGCAUCUUCCAUUUCUUGGCACAAAUGUUGUUGUUUUCCUUCUGAAUUCACCUGGUCUUUUCUUUUAUGUCUCUUCUUGUUCACCUUGUUUCUCCAUUUCACAUGUCUGUCUAUCUGUCUGUCUGUACAGUAACAAGUGCUUCUGUGAUAGCAAGCCCCUCCCCAUGUGGAUGUCAAAGAGAAGCCUAAACGGUCAUGUGGUCUACAAGCACAGAUCUCGGUAACAGGCAGUGUGUGGCUGUCGGGGUGUGGAGUGCUUUCAUCAUGCAUCUCUCUUAACACCAUCAAAACUCAGCCUGCUUUUAUAUUUGGUUGUGUCCCAAAUGGCACCAUAUUCCCUAUAUUGUGCACUCCAGGACCCAUAGGGCUCUGGUCAAAAGUAGUGUACUAUCUAGGGAAUAGGGUGCCCUUUGGGACGCAACCUUUCUCUCACAAAUGGCCCCAAUUAGGCCACGACACAAACAUAUAAUGCACCAGAAAGUGAGCCGCGUACACAAAUAUUAAAAUCACUUGUUGCAGUCAUGGGAGGUUAUAUUAUAUUUCCGUGCUUACUGACACUGCUGGUGAAUUGGCCAUGUACGGAAGGCCCCUCCAUCUUGUUAAUAUCCUCAGCUGGCCUUGCAUUUGCCAGACAGUGACACAAGCAUGCUAGUUUAAUUCACAUCUGCUGUGUAUGGGCCAGCUGACAAGUUGGUUUGCCCUAAUUUCUUUGGAGGACCGCUGACAGGCUUUCCUAGCCGUGGCGGGUGAUGCUCAUGGUGUGGGUUUUGAAGUAAAUUUCCCCAUUUCAGAUCGUAAACUCAGCUGUGACCUGCAGAGUUUGAUAGUAGUGAAUGGUAGUAGUAGUAGUAGCAACACUGGGACUGUAGAUCGUCUUUGCUUGGUAUGCCAGAUGGAAAAUUCCUAUGAUGGAGGAUUCACUCAUCCCCAAUGCUCUCCUGAUCCCUGUGUGACCCCAUACCACCUGUGUGUAUGUGCGUUCGUUCGUUUUCUAAGUAUGUCUGCCAUAACGGUUUUCUACUGACUCCAAUGGAUCCUCUUUGGUUUUACUGUACAGCCGAGUUCUCUCUCUCUCUCUCCCUCGGGGGUUGAGGUUCCCUGGUUCCCUCGGUGGACACUUCCCAUGCCUGUACUGUACUGUAUGUGUACCUAUCCCUGUUUGAAGUAUUUCUAGCCUGUAUGUGUAACUAUCCAUGUUUGAAGUAUUUCUAGCCUGUAUGUGUAACUAUCCCUGUUUGUAGUAUUUCUAGCCUGUAUGUGUAACUAUCCCUGUUUGUGGUAUUUCUAGCCUGUAUGUGUAACUAUCCCUUUAUGUAGUAUUUCUAGCCUGUAUGUGUAACUAUCCCAGUUUGUAGUAUUUCUAGCCCUGUGACCCCUGUGUGACCCCUUGCAGGCUGUGUGAGUGCACGGAGGCGGAGGCGGAGAUCAUCCUGCAGCUGAAGAAUGAGCUGAGGGAGAAGGAACUGAAGCUGACAGACAUCCGCCUGGAGGCUCUUAGCUCCGCCCACCACCUGGACCAGAUCCGAGAGGCCAUGAACCGUAUGCAGGUGAGGAACCAGGUAGCCUGCUAAACGAAUGCACAACCCAAACCAUGGGGGACCACCAAUGUGAAUUAGCACUGAUUUAUAUAUAAAAUCUCUAAUUGUACAUAAAGCCUUCUAUUGUUGUGUUUAACACUAAUCCAGUCAUCUCUUAUCUGUUGUUUUAUCUGUAUGUAUAUUGUUUAUGCUGUAAAAAAUACUUCAGGAAGGAGACAUUAUUGGGUCGCACUCAGAGAGACCUGUUUCCCAGGGGCCAGUGAGCCGUGACACUACGCAGUUAGGGAGCUAAUACCAGUGUUUGGGGAUUGUUCUGGCUCUUUGAUGCCAUGCCAGGGGUGUCAGUGGGGGGUCAGGGAGAGGCUUGUGCCCGUCUCUUGCUCUCACCGGGGCCACGGAAGCCAACAAGCCGCGAUGGCACCGUGGUCAAUUUACAGUUUAACCACUCAGACCACUAAUUAGGCUUAGCUGUCAGUGGGGCUGGCUGUACCAUACACCCAAUCACCUUUCUGGUAGAGCACUGACAAUGAAGCUCGUGACAAAGUCCGGGGGGACAGUGGCUUGGCCGUUGAUGUCAACUCCCAUGACAAAACGGCAACAACUGGAGAAGUCAGCGCUCUCUCCUCAAAUGUGUAGAUAAUCUACCCAGGCCCUUAAUCUGGGGUUUAGACUUGUGAACAGCCCAGUACAAAGAGCUCUGGUGAGAUUAAAGGGGCUCUCACAGCCAACAAUGAGGCUAAUACUGAUCCACAAUGAUAACUAUGGCCAGUCUGAAUGAAAGGACAUUUCCAUAUUCUCCUAAUCGGUUUACCUCUCAGUAUAAUUAUUUUAUUUUACAUGGGGUUGGGCUGAGUUUCUGGAUUGCUCUAUAAAAGCGUCCAUUUGUGGUGAUGUCAUUGUCUCCCAACAGGUGGCGUAGGCCUACAUGAUGAGUUAUAACCAUAGAAAUAUAAUUACUAGACAGGACACUCAAUACGGUCACUGGUCCACCCAUCACAGAACAUCGACUUGAAUGGGAAUGUCCAUUCUGGUAAUUCUGUUUCAAUGGUUUAGAACAGCAUCUGUCAGGAAACGCCGACAGUGACAUUUAGAGUAUCCUCCUGAUGUUUAUUCUCUGUCUUUGGGCAGAACGAGAUCGAGCUGCUGAAAGCGGAAAACGACCGGCUCAAGACGGGAGGCACCACGCCAGCCGCCACACCCGCCAAGACGGGCCGGCCGCCCUCUGAGACUUCCAGCACAUCCUCGUCCUCCUCGCGACAAUCUCUGGGCCUGUCCCUCAACAACCUCAACAUCACAGACACCAUCAUGUCAGGUGAGCCACAGCUCUGGGCCUGUCCCUCAACAACCUCAACAUCACAGACACCAUCAUGUCAGGUGAUCCACUACAGCCCCAUGAAUCUACAACAUGACAGACCAUCAUGUCAGGUGAUCCACCACAGCCCCAUGACUCUACAACUCAGUAGAACAGUUUACAUUAUAUUCUCCUGGAUGAUGGUUUAGUAGAACAAUAUAGAAUAUAUUGUCCUGGAUGAUGAUGUAGUAGAAAGAUAUGCAAUAUAUUGUCCUGGAUGAUGAUUUAGUAGAAAGAUAUGCAAUAUAUUUACCUGGAUGAAGGUGAGCCACCACAGCACGUUUGUCCAUGAAGAGUUCCUGAAGUUGAAGUAACAUCUGCAUCAAUCAAGCAGACGUCAGAACAGAACUCCUCUGAGAGUUGUGAGACACAGAGACAGAGACAGAGUGAGAGAGAGAGAGAGAGAAAGAGAGAGAGAGAGAGAGAUUAAACCUUGUAUGCUCCUCUUCUCCGAGUCCGUCCUUGUCGAUGAGUGGAGCGCUCGUUGGUCUCCUCGUCUGUCCUGUAAUUAAAAUAGAACACUCUCAGAGGACUUUGGGGCUGUUUAAUUGAUGGGGGGAUGAGUUGGGAGCAGCAGCGCGUGGGAAGACGAGUGGCAGAGGGCCCUUAUCACCCCUGCACAGAGCCUAAGUGCCAGCAAGCCAGCCGAAUGCAAAGUAGGUCCCCUUCCUCCCCAGUUCAAUGGAAAUAAAGCAGAGAGAGAGAAAAAUAACCUGUUUAUAAUUCAUAUCUGGAGCUCCAAGCAAAGUAACUUUUCCAGCCUGACAACCAUGUCUUGCAAACAGGCAGAGGGACCGCUCUAUAUUACAUUUAGUCUCUGUUGUUUUUUCGUCUAUAUUUUGAUGACGCUUUUAUUACAGAGAUGUUUUUCCCCAAGAUUGUUUCCUCCCUUGAUAGAUAGUUGUGUUUGUGCCUACAGAUAUUCUCCUGGACGAUGGUUAUGAGGGCAAUCUACGCAAAGAGGGGCGCAGUGUCCGCAUUGUGGUUACAAUCAACAGUGGCUCUAAUAAGACAAGUACAAUAGAUCAGUGGAGAUUGGGGCCUAGAAGAAAAUGGAUCUAAAAGGUAGGUUAUUUGAGAUAGAAAAGACCAAAAAUAAUAGAAAAACGUGAUUCGGUGAGGCUACCCCCUCUCAAUAGAAGAUUUGGUACUCCCAGUGCGUACGAGCAACAGAUAACAGUUGGCUCUAGAUAAGACCAAUAACCUGCCUAAAAUCUCCACUAAUAUAGGACAGAUUGUAGACCUACAAAAGGCUGGAAGGGGGUACAAGACCAUCACCAAGCAGCUUUUUGGAGAAGGUGACAACAGUUGGUGCGAUUAUUCGCAAAUGAAGAAACACAAAAUAACUGUCAAUCUCCCUCGGCCUGGGGCUCCAUGCAAGAUCUCACCUCGUGAAGUUCUAAUGAUCAUGAGAACGGUGAGAAAAUCACCCCAGAAACUACUGGGAGGGUCUUGUCAAUGAUCUAAAGGCAGCGGGUCCAUAGUCACCAAGAAAACAAUUGGUAACACACUACGCCGUGAAGGACUGAAAUCCUGCAGCGCCCGCAAGGUCUCCUGCUCAAGAAAGCACAUAUACAGCCGUCUGAAGUUUGCCAAUGAACAUCUGAAUGAUUCAGAGGAGAACUGGGUGAAGUGUUGUGGUCAGAUGGAAACCCAAAAAAAAUCGAGUUAUUGGCAUCAACUCAACUCGCCGUGUUUGGAGGAGGAGGAAUGCUGCCUAUGACCCAAAAAACACCAUCCCACUGUCAAACAUGGAGGUGCAAACAUUAUGCUUUGGGGGUGUUUUUCUGCUAAGGGGACAGGACAACUUCACCGCAUCAAAGGGACGAUGGACGGGGCCAUGUACCCUCCAAAACUGGGUGAGAACCUACUUCCCUCAGCCAGGCAUUGAAAAUGGGCGUGGAUGGGGAUUCCAGCAUGACAAUGACCCAAAACACAUGGCCAAGGCAACAAAGGAGUGGCCCCAAGAAGAAGCACAUUAAGGGCCGGAGUGGCCUAGCCGUCUCCAGACCUUAAUCCCAUAAAAAACUGUGGACGGAGCUGAAAGGUUCGAGUUGCCAAACGUCAGCCUCGAAACCUUAAUGACUUGGAGAAGAUCUGCAAAGAGGAGUGGGACAAAAUCCCUCCCGAGAUGUGUGCAAACCUGGUGGCCAACUACAAGAAACGUCUGACCUCUGUGAUUGCCAACAAGGGUUUUGCCACCAAGUACUAAGUCAUGUUUUGCAGAGGGGUCAAAUACUUAUUUCCUUCAUGAAAAUGCAAAUCAAUUUAUAACAUUUUUGACAUGCGUUUUUCUGGAUUUUUUUGUUGUUAUUCUGUCUCUCACUGUUCAAAUAAACCUACCAUUUAAGUUAUAGACUGAUCACGACUGAUCACGUCUUUGGCAGUGGGCAAACGUACAAAAUCAGCAGGGGAUCAAAUACUUUUUUCCCUCACUGUAGGUGCCUAGAAUAACAAUGUGAGAAUCUUAUGCUGUCGUAUAAUCAGAUGCUUCGGUACCAGCGCUUGACUUGGGCAGGAACUCACCGGAGCCGAGUACCGGCACCUCAUUUUUUCUCCUGCUUGAGCUCCUGUUCCUCUCAUAAAACAUUAGCUCAAAAGUAUUGUGGAGCUCCUGCACCUUAAUAUAAACAGUACCGGCAACCAAAAUAAAUACCGGCAUCUAUUUCAGUCCAAGUCACUGUUCGGUGCAACAAUUUUGUCACUUAUUUUCAUUAAUGUCAAUCAAUCAAUCAAAUGUACUUAUAAAGCCCUUUUUACAUCAGCAGAUGUCACAAAGUGCUAUACAGAAACCCAGCCUAAAACCCCAAACAGCAAGCAAUGCAGAUGUAGAAGCACGGUGGCUAGGAAAAACUCCCUAGAAAGGCAGAAACCUAGGAAGAAACCUAGAGAGGAACCAGGAUCUGAGGGGUGGCCAGUCCCCUUCUGGUCUCUGACAUCCUACAUUUUCUAAUUCCCUAUCGUACACUCAGGGUAUGCAAAGCCAGGAGUACCUCAUUGGUUCCAUCGGCGUGAGCGGAAAGACCAAGUGGGAUGUGCUAGAUGGAGUAAUCAGACGAUUAUUCAAGGUAAAACCUCCAUCCCAUGCUCACCAUAUGAUCAAUCACUGACUGAACCCUGCAGACGAAAAACCAAAUAUGAAGCGCUCCAUUUCCAUAUAUAUAUAUAUUUAAGUGUGUAUAGCAGGAAUUUUAUGGGUGAAAGAUAGUUGAGUCAGACUCUAUUCUAAGUACAGUUAUUUGUGUCUUGCUUCUUGUUUUUAAUGAGGAAGUGUCAUGUUUAUUUCAAUAGUCACAGAAAGCUCAUGAUAUAUGGUUCUUCAUCUGUAUGAUUGACAGAAUAUUUAUUUGUUGUGGAAACAUAUAUGGAUAAACACUGAGAUAUUAGAUAGAAUGUGUCUUUAUCUUAAAAUCCUAUUUGGCCAUUUCCCCUCCAGGAGUAUGUGUUCCGGGUGGACCCACUGACCAGUCUGGGCCUGAACUCGGACAGUAUAGUGUGCUACAGGAUGGGUGAUGUGGUGCGAGCCCACGCCUCUGAACUGCCUGAAAUGCUGCCCUGUGGCUACCUGGUGGGGGACAACAACGUCAUCAGCGUCAACCUCAAAGGUACUAGGAUGGCCCAGACUAAUGGCAUGAUGCAUUUGACUGUUUCUAUUAUUGUGUGUUUAUGUAUUACUGUAUGUCCUACAUCCUUUUAAGGACAUGAACAAACACAUUUCCCCUUGCUGGGAUAAUAACGUUUAUUAAAUCAAAAUACCACAGAUAUAGGAAGGGCUUUGAGUCUUGACCAUAAGACCUGACCAGGAACAACCCAGGGCCCUAUCUAUAGGAUGGCACAUUUCCAACCAUGACAAAAUGGAACCCCAGAAGGUUUAAAUAGAAGGUCCAAAAGCUUCUUAAUCCUGACAUGACACUACCCUCAUGCACAUAGAAAAGCACUUCGGACACUUCAGUCAACUUUCUGCUCCUGAAUGGGCAAAGGUGGUGUUUUAAAUGGACUAACAUCAGCUUCCAUUUUUAUUCACCAGAGCAAAAAAGUAGACAACACGUCCUUUAUUUCACCUGCAUGUUGGCUGCUAUAUUCCUGUGGUUGUAAUGGCCGCUUCUCUCCCAUAGUCACAACAGUGGACAUCAGCAGGAAAAUGUAGUGGGCCAGGCCUGAACUGGGUGCCAUUGAAUCCGGUGUCAGCACUCUGCACUACAGUUGUGUUUUCACUGGAGGAGUAGUGUCCAAGCUCCCAUCCACAGUGAAUUAUAGUUAGUCUGCAGUCAUUGAAGCUGAAAUAUAGUUACUCUGCAGUCAUUGAAGCUGAAUUAUAGUUACUCUGCAGUCAUUGAAGCUGAAUUAUAGUUACUCUGCAGUCAUUGAAGCUGAAUUAUAGUUACUCUGCAGUCAUUGAAGCUGAAUUAUAGUUACUCUGCAGUCAUUGAAGCUGAAUUAUAGUUACUCUACAGUCAUUGAAGCUGAAUUAUAGUUACUCUGCUGUCAUUGAAGCUGAAUUAUAGUUACUUUGCAGUCAUUGAAGCUGAAUUAUAGUUACUUUGCAGUCAUUUAAGCUGAAUUAUAGUUACUCUGCAGUCAUUUAAGCUGAAUUAUAGUUACUCUGCAGUCAUUGAAGCUGAAUUGGAUCUAAACGACACUGUGUGAUCCAUCAUGAGAAAAGCUGCUUCAAUGUCACAUUUGAGUAGAGUGUGGCGGGGCCUAUCAUUCAACACGUCUUGGUGUUGGUUCUCCAUUUGAAUGGACGACUCUAAACAAACUCCUUUGCACCAUUCGUAUGCUUAUUGCUAACCAACACUUAUUUGUAGAAUGCCGGCCGAUGAGCUUGAGAUGGUCUCAUAAAUGUGAUUUAUUCCGCCAGGGUCUAUUAAAUGCAUCGCUAUUCAGCACUAAUGAAUUGUGUUUCAGGGACUGAUUUGUUGUGUAAUGUGGUGUGUUGCAGUACGGUCUAUAAUUGUUCACAUUUCAGUGUGACAAACUGCAAUUAGCUACACAACCUGAGCAGCUAUGUAUAUUAAAACAUGAAAUCACAGCCCACUGACCUGCAGCUGACUUCUGGGGCCGUAUCAAGCAUCAUAGAGUAGGAGUGCUGAUCUAGGAUCAUGUCCCCCCUGUCCAUGUAUUCUUAUUCAUUGUGAUCUAAAAGGCAAAACCGAUCCUAAAUCAGCGCUCAUACUCUGAGACACUUGAUACAUACGGCACCUGACGUCCCAGUCCGAUGUCCCAGAGAGUUGCACCAUAAACAAUAAUCAACUCGUCUUCCCAUUUCUCAUGAUUUAUUAUAUGUUAACAUAAUGGAUUGGCCAUCGCACUGUCACAAUGCAUUUCAUUAUUAGAAUGUAUGUGCUAUUACCUGAGUGAAUGAACUCACUUAAUUAAUUCCAUUUGUUUUAGAAUGGCAUGAAUUCUAUUCAGUCAACACAGGUUGUGAGAGGCUAUGAUCCAUACAGUAUACCGUUAGCAUGAUAAUAUCCUGUAUUAUUAGCACCUAGUAUCAUCAGACAAUCACGUCUCCCUGCAGGUGUGAAGGAGAACAGCAUAGACAGCCUGGUUUUUGACACCCUCAUCCCCAAGCCCAUCAUCCAGAGAUACCUCAACCUGCUCAUGGAGCAUCGCCGCAUCAUCCUCUCUGGCCCCAGCGGCACUGGGAAGUCAUUCCUGGCCAGCAAGCUGGCAGAGUUCCUCGUCACCAAGUCUGGUCGAAAGGUCACGGAGAGCAACUUGGCUAGCUUCAACGUGGACCAGAAAUCCAGCAAGGUAAGAAAACACUCAGCCAAGAGUAUUAAGGAGCUAGUCGCUAAGGAGUCGGCAUAUUUGUCUAUAAUCGCCUCGUUUGGCACUGUACAGUAUAUCAAGGACAGUGGUCCUAUUUCAAAGACAAAGUAGCACUUACUUACUGAAUAAUGGACACAUCUUUAAGCUCACUGUGUGUUGUUUCUGUGCAGGACCUGCAUCAGUACCUAUCCAGCCUGGCGGAGCAGUGCAGCUCUGAGGAGAGCGAGACGGAGCUGCCCACUGUGGUCAUACUGGACAACCUCCACCACAUCGGCUCGCUCAGCGACAUCUUCAACGGAUUCCUCAACUACAAGUACCACAAAUGGUGAGUGUAGCUCCACCCACCGGCACAUGAAGCAAGUCUAGCCGCUAUAGGAUGAUGAUGAUGGUGGUGGUGGUGAUGAUGGUGGUAGUGAUGAUGGUGGUGAUGAUGGUGGGGUAAUGAUGAUGGUGGUGAUGGUGAUGAUGUUGGUGAUGAUGAUGGUGGUGAUCAUGGUGAUGAUGGUGGUGGUGGUGAUGAUGAUAGUAGUGAUGAUGAUGGUGGUGAUGAUGGUGAUGAUGAUGAUGGUGGUGGUGGUGAUGGUGAUGAUGGUGGGGGUGAUGUUGGUGAUGAAGGUGAUGGUAGUGGUGAUGAUGUUGGUGGUGAUGAUGAUGGUGGUGAUCAUGGUGAUGAUGAUGGUAGUGAUGAUUGUGGUGACCAUGGUGAUGAUGGUGGUGAUGAUGAUGGUAGUGAUGAUGAUGGUGUUGAUGAUGAUGAUGGUGAUGGUGAUGAUGUUGGUGAUGAUGAUGGUAGUGACCAUGGUGAUGAUGGUGGUGGUGGUGAUGAUGAUGGUAGUGAUGAUGAUGGUGGUGGUGGUGGUGAUGGUGAUGAUGGUGGGGGUGAUGUUGGUGAUGAAGGUGAUGGUAGUGGUGACGAUGUUGGUGAUGGUAGGGGUGAUGUUGGUGAUGAAGGUGAUGGUGGUGGUGGUGAUGAUGAUGAUGGUGGUGAUGAUGGUGGUGAUGGUGAUUGUGUCUAACUCAAAUACAACAGUUAGAGUUAAUGUGUCUAUAGUGUGGUGUGGCAGUUUCACUGUGAACACUGAGAUUCUAUACCAACAACCAUGCCAUUCGUAUUCUAUUCAAGAUAGUUUACCUACUGUUCCCUGUUAAGCACAAUCACUGUUGUGAAAGGAAAGGUAAAUAUCCUUAUUGCCUGGCCCUGGUACGUAACUGCACUGUCCUCAGUAUAAUUGACUUGCAAAUUGUUCUGUGUUGUCUGCAGCCCAUAUGUGAUUGGAACCAUGAACCAGGGAGUGUCUUCCUCUCCCAACCUUGAGCUUCACCAUAAUUUCAGGUAUGUGUACCCUCACCAACACUCAGACCAGGAUUCAAAAGCUUCAUUUGCUCUUUGCUUUGUUUUUUCUGUGCAGACAACGUAUUCAAGCAGAUUUUUGCUAACUAACAUUAUUUUGGGGCCUUUUUCAACAAUAAGAUGUGCUGUGUUAUUUAAAAAAGGGUUACUUUUUUGUUGUUGUUGUUGGUAAAUCGGUUAAAAAUGAAUCAGUAGUCAAUAGUAGAACUACCAAUAAGAACAUUGUGAUUAUGUACAGUAUUUCAUCAGCAUUUCAUUCCUGCUUCCACUACUAGAAAUAAUAAUACCACCACCAGGUCUACUGCCAGAAAAUAGUUGUGUGGAUGUCUUUCAAACCAUUGAUCUGUCAGUCAACUUCAGAUAUUACAGAUUAGAAUGUAGAAGAAUACAUCUUUUAUAUCCUGGGAGCACAGUAAUUAAAGCUGCAAUAUGUUACUUUUUGGGUGACCAAAUUCACAGAGAAAUAUAGAUCUGUCAUUCUCAUUGAAAGCAAGUCUAAGAAGUGGUAGAUCUGUUCUAUGUGCGCUAUUUCUAUGCUUCCCGUUCUUAAGUUGAGUUUUUGCGUCUUUUACUUUGGUUUUGUACACCAGCUUCAAACAGCUGAAAAUACAAUAUUUGUGGUUAUGGGAAAGAUAUUUCACAGCGGUUUAGAUGGUACAAUGAUUCUCUAAGCUAUACUUCCUUGUUUUGUCACAUAAACUGAAAUUAGAUUAACUAUUAGAAUUUUUAGUAACCAGAAAAUGGCAGAGCGAUUUCUGCAUAGUGCAUCUUAAACUUGGCUAAUUAGCUUCACUAAUUUGACCUGAUUUAAAUUAGAGGCCUAACACACCUGGUCAUUUUUUACGUGACAUAUUUGAGAAGAUAAUGAGGUCUAAUGUGGCCACAGAUAUAUUUGUCAUUGGGUGCAAAAUCACUCAUUUAUUAACAUUUUCAUCACACUGUUACCAUGGAGUGUACAGUAAACAUCCCAGUAUUUCAUAAAAUGCCAGGAGGCCAAAUGUUGCACAACCUCCUUCCUGACUAUGAGAUGUGCAAGCCUCAGAACAUGCAGUCAUCUUUAUUAUGACAACUGACGACAGAGCAGUCAUCACCAAUGGGGCUUUAUUUGGGAUACAGAUUUCAAAUAUAUGCCAAACAUCCUUCCUUCAAAGGACCUUUCUAUGAAUGUAAUUUAAGGAAGAUCCAAAACAUCAUAAUUAUCUUUGGGCCAAACUUGCGUGGAAUUUCCCUAAUGCUGAAUUCCAAAUCGACCCCUAGUGUCAUUCUCCCUGGGCACACACAGAUCUGAAAGAAUUGUAUCGAGGUAUAAGAAACAUGGUGCUUCUUUCUUUUCGAUAGGCUGGUUGGAAUAACCACUAGAUCCAAUCAUUUCAGAUCUACCAGAAUCAUGUAGCGCUGUAGCCUCCAAUGCAGUCACAGCUGCUCCAUAGAGUGUGAUGUCUUACAUGAUGUCUCGUCAUCCUUCUCCGUGUCUCCAGGUGGGUGCUGUGUGCCAACCACACAGAGCCAGUCAAGGGUUUCCUGGGCCGAUUUCUGCGCAGGAAGCUGAUCGAGACGGAGAUCGACAGGAACAUGCGUAGCAAUGACCUCAUCAAGAUCAUCGACUGGAUCCCCAAGACGUGGCAGCACCUCAACGGCUUCCUGGAGGCCCACAGCUCCUCAGACGUCACCAUCGGUUAGACAAUGCGCACACGCACACUUUGAGUUCACAUAUUUCGAAUGAUAGUUUGACCAUUGCACAUAUGACACUUAAUAAGUGUAUUUUGGUGUUAUGACUUUGGCUAUGUGAGAUAAUGCCUUGCUCAAACUGAAAUGCCCUGCAUGGUUGAUCCGACGUCUGCAUUAGCCAUGCAGCAUUUACGGUGAUAUGGCCUCUGCAGAAGUCAGGGCCUUCAUACUUCUUGCGCUUCGCGGAGCAGCGCAGAGCUGUUGUCAGUGAGUUUGUGUUUAUACAGGACUUCCAGCCCCCACACACCGUCAACCUAUCAUGUCAAUGCGGAGCUAUACAGAGCCCUCCGCAUUGUAAAAAAAAAUUGAGAGGCGCAUGGCGAUGCGGUACAGAGCUCAAUUUGGCUUCUGCGUGCCUCCGUAGGCUCCGCAAUUGCGUCACAUCAUCCAUACGGAGCCUCUGACCACAUUUUCCAAUCAAGCAUAAAUUGUCUCUGACCCCACCAACCACACUGAAUGUGUUGUGUUCUGCCUACAGGUCCCAGGCUCUUCCUGUCCUGCCCUAUGGAUGCAGAUGGCUCGCGGGUGUGGUUCACUGACCUAUGGAACUACUCCCUGGUGCCCUACCUGCUGGAAGCCGUUAGAGAAGGGCUCCAGGUGGGUACAGACGGAGGUCAAAGGACACAAAGUAGAGGUGUACUGGUGUAGGGUGAAGUAGCCCCUAUCAUCAGCGUCUAUGAUUUCUCCCUUCGCUUAACUCAUUGCUUGUUUUGUGGCCACCAUUACAGCUGUACGGCAAGAGGGCGACGUGGGAGGACCCGUCCAAGUGGGUGAAGGACACCUACCCCUGGAGAUCUGCCUCCUUGCAGCACGACAGCCAGGCCCUGCUCCAGUUACGGCCAGAGGACGUGGGCUACGACGGCUACUGCUCCACCAAAGAGGGCACCUCCUCCAAACAAGUGUCCCAGAGCGACACGGAAGGAGACCCACUGGUAAGGAGAAAUUAAAACAAAGCCCUGAAGGUCCAGUAUGGGGAUUUCAUUUCAUUUCUGAAGAAGGCCACUGAAGGCCGAAACGUCAAUCUUUUAAACGUUGAAAGUCUAAUAAAACUACGUAUUUUUAAUGGUGAGUGAGCGUUGCACCUUUUCCUGUCCAAUUAUUUAAUUUAGUUCAAUCAUGUUUCAGAGCACCGUGUCAGCGUUAAACAUUAUUGAAGAUAAUUAAGUUGCUGCACUGAACCCUUCUUUCAGCAUUUCAGUAUUACAGUCCUAGGACUGAGCACCACUUCUUGGUUAGAGAGCCAGCACACCACAAUUAUUAAUAUAUACAUCUUGGUUAGAGAGCCAGCACACCACAAUGAUGAAGAUAUACAUCUUGGUUAGAGAGCCAGCACACCACAAUGAUGAAGAUAUAAAUAUUGGUUAGAGAGCCAGCACACCACAAUUAUGAAGUUCUAACUCUAAUAGCUGAUGUUAGUGACCGUUUUAUUUGUACAGUGAUAAAAAGUAUUUGAUCCCCUGCUGAUUUUGUACGUGUCACGCCCUGGCUCUGGGGACUCUGAAAUGUUGAGCCAGGGUGUGGAUUUUCUAUGUUUAGUUUUCACUGUGUAGCUUCUAUGUUGUGUUUUCUAUGUUUUGGUUUCUGUUCUAGAUCGUAUAGAUCUAUGUUGGGCAGGGUGGUUCCCAAUCAGAGGCAGCUGUUGCUCGUUGUCUCUGAUUGGGAGCCAUACUUAGGUAGGCUGUUUUCAUCUGUUCUUUGUGGGAUCUUGUUCCGUGUUGGUUUGUGUUAGACCUAGGACGUCACGUUAUCGUUUGUUGUUUUGUUGGUCGUGUGUACACUUAAUAAAAUAAGUAUGUUUGCAUUACACGCUGCACCUUGGUCCUCCUCCUUCGACGAUCGUGACAGAAGAUCCCACCACACCAGGACCAAGCAGCGUGUCCAGGAGCACACGCAGGAGGUAACAUUAGUAGAUGUCCUCCUCGGUUGGGGGCAGAUUACGGAGGAGGAGGCCGUCCGUUGCCGGAGGGCUAUGAAGGGGGAGACCCAGGCAGGAGAGGAGAAGCGGCGCCAACCGGGCCGUGGUCGGACAGGCGAGAGGCACCCCCAAAAAAUGUUUAGGGGGGGGCACAUGGCAUGGACGACGGGGCAGCAGGAGGCAGCUACAGGGCGUAUUGGGGGAUUAGGAGAGGAGGCCACCGGGUUUGGGGGGCCGGAGGGGAGGCUGGCGGAGCCUAGAGGUAGAGCAGAGCCAACUCCCCGUACUCAGGCAUGGCAGCGUGAGACUGGGCAGGUUCCGAGGGAUGCGGAGCUGCGUACUGUGCCGCGAGUGGUCCGGCACAGUCCGGUACGUCCUGUGCGAGCACCCCGCACGUGUCGUGCGAAGGUGGGCAGGCAGCCAGGACGGAGUGUGCCGGCUCAGCGCUCGUGGCCUCCAGUGCCCCUCCUCGGUCCCGGAUAUCCUGCGCCAGUGUCACGUGCUGUUAUGCCAGUACGUGUACACAGCCCUGUACGUCCUGUGCUGAUGCCUCACACAGAGUGUGUGAAGGUAGGCAUUCAGCCAGGACGGGUUGUGUCAGCUCUUCGCUCCAGGCCUCCAAUCCGUCUCCACAGCCCGGUCCGGCCCGUUCCUGCUCCCCGCACUAAGUUAAUGGUGCGCAUCGUCAGCCCGGCCCGGCCUGUUCCUGCUCCCCGCACCAAGCCAAUGGUGUGCAUCGUCAGCCCGGCCCGGCCCGUUCCUGCUCCCCGCACCAAGCUAAUGGUGCGCGUCGUCAGCCCGGCCCGGCCUGUUCCUGCCACUCGCACCAAGCCUACGGUGCACGUCGCCAGCCCGGUCCGGCCUGUUCCUGCUCCCCGCACCAAGCCAAUGGUGCGCGUCGUCAGCCCGGUCCGGCCCGUACCUGCUCCAGCCACCAAGCCAGGGGUGCGCGUCAUCAGCCCAGUCCGGCCCGUUCCUGCUCCCUGCACCAAGCCAGGGGUGCGUAUCGUCAGUCCGGUCCGGCCCGUUCCUGCUCCACGCACCAAGCCAGGGGUGCGCGUCGUCAGCCCAGUCCGGCCCGUUCCUGCUCCCCGCACCAAGCCAGGGGUGCGCAUCGUCAGUCCGGUCCGGCCCGUUCCUGCUCCACGCACCAAGCCAGGGGUGCGAGUCGUCAGCCCGGUCUGGCCCGUUCCUGCUCCACGCACCAAGCCAGGGGUGCGAGUCGUCAGCCCGGUCCGGCCCGUUCCUGCUCCACGCACCAAGCCAGGGGUGCCCGUCGUCAGUCCGGCACAACCCGUGCCUGGGUCACCGGUGCCGGGUCAGGUACUGGUCAGCUGCUCCACAUCGGAGCCUAAGCAAUCCGCUCCACCGAUGUCCAGUCCAGCUCCAGCCAGCGGGGCCAGACCGGACCAGGGGCGCUACGGGGGGAUUGUUGGAGGGUGGUGGUCAAGCCCGGAGCCGGAACCGCCUCCGAGGAGGAAUGCCCACCCAGCCCUCCCCUGUUCGGUUAUGUUUAGGCGCGGUCGCAGUCCGCGCCUUUGGGGGGGGGGGGUACUGUCACGCCCUGGCUCUGGGGACUCUGAAAUGUUGAGCCAGGGUGUGGAUUUUCUAUGUUUAGUUUUCACUGUGUAGCUUCUAUGUUGUGUUUUCUAUGUUUUGGUUUCUGUUCUAGAUCGUAUAGAUCUAUGUUGGGCAGGGUGGUUCCCAAUCAGAGGCAGCUGUUGCUCGUUGUCUCUGAUUGGGAGCCAUACUUAGGUAGGCUGUUUUCAUCUGUUCUUUGUGGGAUCUUGUUCCGUGUUGGUUUGUGUUAGACCUAGGACGUCACGUUAUCGUUUGUUGUUUUGUUGGUCGUGUGUACACUUAAUAAAAUAAGUAUGUUUGCAUUACACGCUGCACCUUGGUCCUCCUCCUUCGACGAUCGUGACAGUACGUUUGCCCACUGACAAAGAAAUGAUCAGUCUAUAAUUUUAAUGGUAGGUUUAUUUGAACAGUGAGAGACAGAAUAACAACAACAAAAUCCAGAAGAACGCAUGUCAAAAAUGUUAUAAAUUGAUUUGCAUUUUAAUGAGGGAAAUAAGUAUUUGACCCCCUCUCAAUCAGAAAGAUUUCUGGCUCCCAGGUGUCUUUUAUACAGGUAACGAGCUGAGAUUACGAGUACACUCUUAAAGGGAGUGCUCCUAAUCUCAGUUUGCUACCUGUAUAAAAGACACCUAUCCACAGAAGCAAUCAAUCAGAUUCCAAACUCUCCACCAUGGCCAAGACCAAAGAGCUCUCCAAGGAUGUCAGGGACAAGAUUGUAGACCUACACAAGGCUGGAAUGGACUACAAGACCAUCGCCAAGCAGCUUGGUGAGAAGGUGACAACAGUUGGUGCGAUUAUUCGCAAAUGGAAGAAACACAAAAUAACUGUCAAUCUCCCUCGGCCUGGGGCUCCAUGCAAGAUCUCACCUCGUGGAGUUGCAAUGAUCAUGAGAACGGUGAGGAAUCAGCCCAGAACUACACGGGAGGAUCUUGUCAAUGAUCUCAAGGCAGCUGGGACCAUAGUCACCAAGAAAACAAUUGGUAACACACUACGCCGUGAAGGACUGAAAUCCUGCAGCGCCCGCAAGGUCCCCCUGCUCAAGAAAGCACAUAUACAUGCCCGUCUGAAGUUUGCCAAUGAACAUCUGAAUGAUUCAAAGGAGAACUGGGUGUGGUCAGAUGAGACCAAAAUUGAGCUCUUUGGCAUCAACUCAACUCGCCGUGUUUGGAGGAGGAGGAAUGCUGCCUAUGACCCCAAGAACACCAUCCCCACCGUCAAACAUGGAGGUGGAAACAUUAUGCUUUGGGGGUGUUUUUCUGCUAAGGGGACAGGACAACUUCACCGCAUCAAAGGGACGACGGACGGGGCCAUGUACCGUCAAAUCUUGGGUGAGAACCUCCUUCCCUCAGCCAGGGCAUUGAAAAUGGGUCGUGGAUGGGUAUUCCAGCAUGACAAUGACCCAAAACACACGGCCAAGGCAACAAAGGAGUGGCUCAAGAAGAAGCACAUUAAGGUCCUGGAGUGGCCUAGCCAGUCUCCAGACCUUAAUCCCAUAGAAAAUCUGUGGAGGGAGCUGAAGGUUCGAGUUGCCAAACGUCAGCCUCGAAACCUUAAUGACUUGGAGAAGAUCUGCAAAGAGGAGUGGGACAAAAUCCCUCCUGAGAUGUGUGCAAACCUGGUGGCCAACUACAAGAAACGUCUGACCUCUGUGAUUGCCAACAAGGGUUUUGCCACCAAGUACUAAGUCAUGUUUAGCAGAGGGGUCAAAUACUUAUUUCCCUCAUUAAAAUGCAAAUCAAUUUAUAACAUUUUUGACAUGCGUUUUCCUGGAUUUUUUUGAUGUUAUUCUGUCUCUCACUGUUCAAAUAAACCUACCAUUAAAAUUAUAGACUGAUCAUUUCUUUGUCAGUGGGCAAACGUACAAAAUCAGCAGGGGAUCAAAUACUUUUUUCCCUCACUGUAUGUAAAAUAGAGUGAUAUGAAAAGAGAGUUUGACGUUUACUGAAGCUAAGUGAAGUAAUAAAAGAAGACCAUGUUGGUGGACAUAUGGUUGUAUCUUUUUUUAUGGGGAAGACUACGUGUAAAAAAAAUAUAUAUAUAAAUAAAUAAUAAUAAAAUACAAUAAAAAGAGACAUCAUUGAGUAAAGGUGGAAGCUAGUUUCCAAGGAUACCAACGACAAACGUGAUUAUCUUUUGAAAGAAGAAAAGAGAAAGGGGGAUUUAAACACACAACCCAUUUAGCUCUGAAGGGGGGGUUUACACACACAACCCAUUUAGCUCUGAAGGGGGAUUUAAACACACAACCCAUUUAGCUCUGAAGGGGGGGUUUACACACACAACCCAUUUAGCUCUGAAGGGGGAUUUAAACACACAACCCAUUUAGCUCUGAAGGGGGGAUAUAAAUACACAACCCAUUUAGCUCUGAAAGGGGGAUUUAAACACACAACCCAUUUAGCUCUGAAGGGGGGAUUUAAACACACAACCCAUUUAGCUCUGAAGGGGGGAUAUAAAUACACAACCAAUUUAGCUCUGAAAGGGGGAUUUAAACACACAACCCAUUUAGCUCUGAAGGGGGGAUUUAAACACACAACCCAUUUAGCUCUGAAAGGGGGAUUUAAACACACAACCCAUUUAGCUCUUAAAGGGGGAUUAAAAACACAACCCAUUUAGCUCUGAAAGGCGGAUUUAAACACACAACCCAUUUAGCUCUGAAAGGGGAUUUAUACACAUAACCCAUUUAGCUCUGAAAGGGGGAUUUAAACACAAAACCCAUUUAGCUCUGACAUUUCAGCAGCUCGUUAUUCGGAUGACUACACUUUAAUUCCACUUUGUGCAUGAUAACCGGUGCGGUGGGCGAUUCCUGGGGAGUUGAAUAGGAAUGGGCUUUCUCUGCUGGCCACUUAAUCCUCAACACAUUACUGUGUAAUCAUCAGAGUAGGCCUGCACGGAGCUGCCCAGCCCUGGCCGCUCGCCACUUUAUAGGCCCACUAGGACCAUUACAGGGAACAUGAAGACCUCUGUGCCAGGUGCUUUCCAUAUAUGGUAGGAAUGGGUCACUCCGUUCCUCAGGGGCUCAAGGAUCGGCUGGUUUUUCAUCUUUCUUUUAAAACCACGUCUGAUGUAGACCUGAGGAACCAGGUGUGUGCACUUGUGUGCAAUUAAGCGUGAGGCAAGUGGGAAAAUCAGCUGACACUCGGGGCCCCUGGUGUCUAUCCCUGAGAAAGGGCCACUGCAAUGUCACCUUAAUGAUAAACUUCCCACCAAUGAUAAUACCCUGUCUAAUACCUCAUAGUUCUGAUAGUGGACUUUGAAUAGCUAUGUGGUGUUGUCUCUCUUUUUGUUAACCAGUCUUUUUAUUGGUUGUGUGUUUUCUGUGUUUUCCAGAUGAACAUGCUAAUGAGGCUGCAGGAGGCGGCCAACUACUCCAGCGCGCAGAGCUGUGACAGCGACAGCGCCAGUCACCAUGACGACCAGCUGGACUCAUCGCUGGAGUCGACGCUCUAGACAAGAGCUCGGAGAGGAGACUUCAGAUGGAGUGACGGAGCGGAGCACUUUUCAGCAUGGCGUCAGUGUGGCGUCAGCGAGACGUGGCGGCUCGAACGCUUCCAGGCACCCCACACAUAAGACAGAGAGAUGUGUGUAGUCAGGAGAUGUCUGUUAGGGGGGGUCGGGGGGAGUAAACCCUCUUUGACAAAAUGGAGGAGAGUUUUGGUGGUUGAGACACAUUUCUCAAUUUCUCCACUGGAUGUGGCAUCCCAAGAUGCAGGCUGCACGUACACAGUGAGAGACAAUUAUGUCUGUAGUUCUACACCAUAAAACUGGAAUUGACAUUGUAGUUUUAUUUAUGUUGAUUCACGGUUGUUGUAUUAAUUACAGAUGUUUACAAGGGCAAAUUCUGGUUUUGUUUACUAUGGUGCUGAACAAAAAAGGCACACAUCCCUCCCGUCAAACUCUGACCUCAGACGAGCCACAUGGUGCUGGUCCCGUGCCUAAACCUGUCCCUGGUUUACAGGCAACGCCAAGACCCUUGCUACCCCACUCGCCAACAAGCACAAAAAGAGCAUUGUGUGUCGUCCAACCAACUGCUACUGUGAAAGAAUGGGCGAGUGCCAAUGUUACCGUUUGAUUUACUGCCAAGUGCACCGUGACGCGUCCGUCCACAUCCGCAAACAGAGUCCUUUUGGGCUUUUCACACUAGCAGACCAGUUGUUCACCCCUUUCCUUAAAAGAUCGACAGCACUAUACCAACAGAUGGGUGCUAAAGUGAGUGAUGGCUCCUUCAAUCCAAGGGCCAGGUCAAGAACAAGCCUGAUAUUGGUGCUUUCUAACUGCAAAGCUGUGUGAUACAGGUGGUGUAUUACUUCAGCCUCCCUGCUGACCAUCCUGAGUGGAUAGGGAAUUGACAGGAACACACACUUCCUGACACACAACCAUUCAAAUGAAGUUGUCCCAUAUCGUCUCAGUGGGUGCUUUAAUCUUAGUAUAGUAAAGGAGAGUUUUAUAACUACUUUUAGGCCAACAUUUCUCACAAAUCCUGUCAAAAAGUAUGUUGCCCAAAACCCUACACUUUUGUUUCUGACAGUAAUAUUGUACAAGCAUAAUGGCUGUAUUUGCAAGUAGAACUGACCAAUUGUAUAAAAGUUCAAAGGGGUGGGCAUUUAUUUGUUGUUGCUUUUACCCAGUUGAGCUGGGUUCACUUGAACUGUCAUGAGCACAACCCGACCCUUUUGAUUUUAUAGCCUAAGGAGCAUGUUUUAAGCUUUCUAGGGGGGAACAUUUGAAGGAGACUUUUACUUUUACAUAACAGCGUGUGUUAGGGACAGAAGCCAUUUUGGAUUUUGAUUGUCCUUCCUCCAUUAAUGAGUGGGUUGGUUUUGCACAGUUUGAGUGGGGGUGGGGGUGUAAAUAAUAAAGUAUUGCACAGUGAAUCAGAGAUGCAUUCUUCCCUGUUGAUGUUAUAUUACGCUUCACUCGCUGAGAAUUAUUGUACGUUGCAAAAAAAAUACAAAAUAGAAAUGCAAAAACCAACAAGCUGUCAGAAACAGGUGUAUGUCUUGUGAUGAUUGGUUGUCUUGGCUAUGCAGGAGGCAUACGAUGUACAGAUAUUUUUUUUUAAAUAACGCUGUAUAUUAAUGUUCACAAAAUCACUGAUUUGGGGAGCAGAAAAUUCAAUUUAUCAAGAAAAGCAAAUCUGGUCAUUGUCACAGCUUUCCCUUUUGUGUAUUCUCUGGAACUAGUAUUUGGUUACUCAUCCCCCUAGUCAACAGGCGAAAAUUCACUUCACAAAGCAUUACACUGUGACAUUUAUUCACUUCCCAAAGCAUUACACUGUAACAUUUCUGAAAUUACUUUAAUUCAGUCUUGUAUUCACCGGUUUUAGUAGAAUCCAAUUUUUUUGUCAUCCCAUUCCGAGGUACUGUUUGCCUGCUGUUGUGCUAUUUACAAUUCCAAAUAACAGGUGCUACUGGUCAACUAAAUCUAUCAGAUUCCAUUUUCUGCAGACAAUGUUGUCACAACCUCAGGA